AUGGAUGAAAUGCUUGUUGUCGUCUUGUUGUCUCUGUUGUGUCAAUUUGUAUGUUACCAAGAGCAUGUAAGUAAUGCCAAUGCAAUGUGCCAUUUGUUUUUUUAUAACCCAAUAUCGUAUCUCCUUUUUGUAGUUUGAAUACUAUAACUCAGUGCGAAUUAAUGAGAAGGAUGAGUUGGAUAAUUAUGUGGAGCUUGGGAAAGAGUUCAUUCUUGAGGCAAACGAGCACUUUAAUAAUCUGAGGGUGAACACAACCCUCAGUAAUAUCCAGCUUCCCACCAAUGUCUACAAUAAAGGUGAGGGUUUCUGUGGUCUCAUGCUGGUGGGUCUGAAGUCUGCUUAUCACACUACGGUAUCAAUCAGGACUUUAAUAUUGUAAAUUGUAUAUGCAUCUUUGAAUCAACAUAUAAUACAUUUAUAACACGUGUUCUAAUUAUAUUUUUUAUUUGUUUAGAAUUUUUUUUUUCACAAGCCCAAUCUUAAAAAUUAGAAAUGUUCAAACAAACACUCAAAAUAAAUAAUCCUUAACAAACACCCUCACUUUUUGAGAAUUUUAAGCAUUCUUAUCAUUGCAGUGUUUAAAUGUUUUCCUUCUGACUUUUCUCAGUGAUACAAGAGUUAAUGAUAAUCUUUCCCCUGUACAGACCCUGACAUUCUGAAUGGUGUUUACAUGUCGGAAGCACUGAAUCCCAUAUUUGUCGAUAAUUUUCAGCGGGACCCCACGCUCACCUGGCAGUACUUUGGCAGUUCCACUGGCUUCUUCAGGUUGUACCCAGGUGACUACUAAUUGUCUAUGCGGUAUCUAUACUAUCUGGUUACCAGUCUGGUUUACUCUGGGACUAGUUACCAUAUAUACCAGGGGUAGGCAACCUUCGGCACUCCAGAUGUUGUGGGUUACAUCCCCAAUAAUGCUCUUACACCCAUAAUGCUGGCAAAGCAUCAUGGGAGGUGUAGUCCAAAACAUCUGCGGUGCCAAAGGUUGCCUAUGCCUGAUAUAUACCCUAUAGUUGGUAUAACUAUACUGCUAGUGUCUGUACUGAUUCGCUAGUAUGUACACCGGUAUGAUUGUUCACUAGUAUGUAUAUUGAUAUGACUGCUAGCUAAUCUAGUUUGUUGGUAUGACUGCUUGGUAUACUAUAUAUUGGUAUUAAAGCUCACUAGAAUGUAUAUUAGUUUGACUGUUUACUAGUCUCUAUAUCGGUAUGAUGGUUUGCUAGUAUGUAUUUUAAUGACUUUGCUAGUUUAUAUAUAUAUAUAUAUAUAUAUAUAUAUAUAUAUAUAUAUAAUGGUUUACUACUAUGUAUGGACAUGACUUACCAGUCUGUAUUUUGGUAUGACGGUAUGUUAACGUGUACAUUGAUAUUAUUAUUAUUGUUAUUUGCUAGUAUGUAUAUUAUUAUGAUAUUGAUAUUACUAGUUUGUAUAUUUGUGUGAUUAGUAUAAUGUCUUACUGGUCAUUAUAUUGUAUUGUUGCUCAGUAGUGCGCAUAUUGAUCCACACCUCCACGGAGGAACAAAUCACUGUGACAUUUUUUCUGUCUUCAUUUUUUCUCAAGGACUUUUAAGGUGUUUAUGGGUGCAUGAAAUGUAACUUACUGUCAUUUAUCUAUACGCUACAGUAAACAUUACAUUUAGAGUGUGGGAAAUAAACUGCUUUCUUUCAUAAUUUAAUCAUACGGUCAACAAAAAGGAGUGUAUGACAUGCAGGGUGCAGCAGACAGUGUGCUUGUGGUGACACAUUAUUUUACAUAGUCUUCCUUAUUUUUCUGUCCUGCAAGCUGUGGCUCCUAACUACUAAUAGGCAGAUUGGAACGAUUGUUUAGGGAAUAUGAUGACACAUUUACCUUAAUGUUGGUAAUGUUAAGGUGGAACUGUUAAUCAGAGCUUGUCUAAUUCAGGUAUUAAAUGGGUACCAGAUGAAAAUGGAGUGAUCUCGUUUGACUGCAGGAAUCGGGGCUGGUAAGAGUUAUGCAUUAAGCUUAUCACUCCACCUUCCCUUCCAGCUCUGCAUUUCACUCCCCCUUCCUAUUUAUUUCUGUGCAUUUUUGAUCUUCAUUUUCCAUAUGUUUCAGGUUUAGUUUCCAUCCUUUUUUGUCAUUCUCCUGCACAAUUUAUUUAGCGAUUUACCCCAUUUUCUGUGUUUUCACUAUUACAGUUCCACUCACCAUCAAUUACAUUUUAUUCCACUCGCUACGACUAUUACUACUUCACUUUAUCACCCAUCCCCUUUUCAUCCACUAGCUAUGACUAUUAUUCAUUAUUCCACAUACAAUCUACAUUCUUUCCAUCUCUUGUGGCUAUACAUUUUCACCAACAAUGUCUCAUUAUUCCCGUUACUGUCCCCAUUCCUUUCUACUAACUAUGCCUCAUUCCAUUCAUCAUCCCCAUUCCAUUCUACUAGCUGUACCUCACUUCAUUUACCAUUCCCAUUCCAUUUUGCUAGUUAUAACCCAUUUCAUUUUACCAGCUGUUUCUCGCUCUAUUCCUCAUUCAGUUCUAGUAGCUGUGCUUCAUUCCACUCACCAUCCACAUUCUAUUCUGCUAGCUGUGCCUCAUUCCAAUUACCAUCCCCAUUCCAUUCUACAAGCUGUACCUCACUCCAUUCCCAUCCCAUUCUUGUAGCUGUGCAUCAUUCCACUCACCAUUCAUAAUUCCAUUCUGCUAGCUGUGCUUCAUUCCACUCACCAUCCCCAUUACAUUCUACUGUGUCUCACUCCACUCACCAUUCCUAUUCCAUUCUACUAGCUGUACCUCAUUCCACUCACCAUCCCCAUUCCAUUCUACUAGCUGUGUCUCACUCGACUCACCAUGCAUCAUUCCAUUCUACUAGCUGUGCCUCAUUCCACUCACCAUCCCCAUUCCAUUCUACUAGCUGUGUCUCACUCGAUUCACCAUUCAUCAUUCCAUUCUACUAGCUGUGCCUCAUUCCACUCACCAUCCCCAUUCCAUUCUACUAGCUGUGUCUCACUCGAUUCACCAUUCAUCAUUCCAGUCUACUAGCUGUACCUCAUUCCACUCACCAUCCCCAUUCCAUUCUACUAGCUGUGCCUCGCUCCACUCACCAUUCAUCAUUCCAUUCUGCUAGCUGUGCCUCAUUCCAUUCACCAUUCCCAUUCCAUUCUACUAGCUGUGCCGCAUUCCACUCACCAUUCAUCAUUCCAUUCUACUAGCUGUACCUCAUUCCACUCACCAUCCCCAUUCCAUUCUACUAGCUGUGUCUCAUUUCAUUCACCAUCCCCAUUCUCCUAGCUGUGCCUCAUUCCACUCACCAUCCCCAUUCUCCUAGCUGUGCCUCAUUCCACUCACCAUUCAUCAUUCCAUUCUGCUAGCUGUGCCUCAUUUCAUUCACCAUCCCCAUUCCAUUCUACUAGCUGUGCCUCAUUCCAUUCACCAUCCCCAUUCCAUUCUAGUGGCUGUACCUCAUUCCAUUCACCAUUCCAUUCUGCUAGCUGUGCCUCACUCCACUCACCAUUCAUCAUUCCAUUCUACUAGCUGUGCCUCAUUCCACUUACCAUCCCCAUUCCAUUCUACUAGCUGUGCCUCAUUCCACUCACCAUUCAUCAUUCCAUUCUGCAAGUUGUGCCUCAUUUAAUUCACCAUCCCCAUUCCAUUCUACCAGCUGUACCUCAUUCCAUUCACCAUCCCCAUUUAAUUCUACUAGCUGUACCUCAUUCCACUCACCAUCCCCAUUCCAUUCUACUAGCUGUGCCUCAUUUCAUUCACCAUCCCCAUUCCAUUCUACUAGCUGUGCCUCAUUCCAUUCACCAUCCCCAUUCCAUUCUAGUGGCUGUACCUCAUUCCAUUCACCAUUCCAUUCUGCUAGCUGUGCCUCACUCCACUCACCAUUCAUCAUUCCAUUCUGCUAUCUGUGCAACAUUCCAUUCACCAUCCCCAUUCCAUUCUACUAGCUGUGUCUCAUUCCACUCACCAUUCAUCAUUCCAUUUUACUAGCUGUGUCUCAUUUCAUUCACCAUCCCCAUUCCAUUCUACUAGCUGUGCCUCAUUCCACUCACCAUCCCCAUUCCAUUCUACUAGCUGUGUCUCACUCCACUCACCAUUCAUCAUUCUAUUCUACUAGCUGUGCCUCAUUUCACUCACGAUCCCCAUUCCAUUCUACUAGCUCUGCCUCAUUCCACUCACCAUUCAUCAUUCCAUUCUGCUAGCUGUGCCUCAUUCCAUUUACCAUCCCCAUUCCAUUCUGCUAGCUGUGCCGCAUUCCACUCACCAUCCCCAUUCCAUUCUACUAGCUGUGCCUCAUUCCACUCACCAUUCAUCAUUACAUUCUGCUAGCUGUGCCUCAUUUAAUUCACCAUCCCCAUUCCAUUCUACUAGCUGUACCUCAUUCCAUUCACCAUCCCCAUUUAAUUCUACUAGCUGUACCUCAUUCCACUCACCAUCCCCAUUCCAUUCUACUAGCUGUGCCUCAUUUCAUUCACCAUCCCCAUUCCAUUCUAAUAGCUGUUCCUCAUUCCACUCACCAUCCCCAUUCCAUUCUACUAGCUGUGCCUCUUCCACUCACCAUUCAUCAUUCCAUUCUACUAGCUGGCUCACUCCAUUACCAUUCAUCAUUCCAUUCUACUAGCUGUGCCUCAUUCCAUCACCAUUCAUCAUUCCAUUCUGCUAGCUGUGCCCAGAUUCCAUUCUACUAGCUGUACCUCAUUCCAUUCACCAUCCCUAUUUAAUUUACUAGCUGUACCUCAUUCCACCCACCAUCCCUAUUCCAUUCUACUCAGCUGUGCCUCAUUUCAUUCACCAUCCCCAUUCCAUUCUCAGCUGUGCCUCGUUCCACUCACCAUCCCUCAUUCCAUUCUACUAGCUGUGUCUCACUCCACUCACCAUUCAUCAUUCCAUUCUACUAGCACUCUCAUUCCACUACCAUCCCCAUUCCAUUCUACUAGCUGUGCCUCAUUCCACUCACCAUUCAUAAUUCCAUUCUGCUAGCUGUGCCUCAUUUAAUUCACCAUCCCCAUUCCAUUCUACUAGCUGUACCUCAUUCCAUUCACCAUCCCCAUUUAAUUCUACUAGCUGUACCUCAUUCCACUCACCAUCCCCAUUCCAUUCUACUAGCUGUGCCUCAUUUCAUUCACCAUCCCCAUUCCAUUCUACUAGCUGUGCCUCAUUCCUCUCACCAUCCCCAUUCCAUUCUACUAGCUGUGUCUCACUCCACUCACCAUUCAUCAUUCCAUUCUACUAGCUGUGCCUCAUUCCACUUACCAUCCCCAUUCCAUUCUACUAGCUGUGCCUCAUUCCACUCACCAUUCAUCAUUCCAUUCUGCAAGUUGUGCCUCAUUUAAUUCACCAUCCCCAUUCCAUUCUACCAGCUGUACCUCAUUCCAUUCACCAUCCCCAUUUAAUUCUACUAGCUGUACCUCAUUCCACUCACCAUCCCCAUUCCAUUCUACUAGCUGUGCCUCAUUUCAUUCACCAUCCCCAUUCCAUUCUAAUAGCUGUUCCUCAUUCCACUCACCAUCCCCAUUCCAUUCUACUAGCUGUGCCUCACUCCACUCACCAUUCAUCAUUCCAUUCUACUAGCUGUGUCUCACUCCAUUCACCAUUCAUCAUUCCAUUCUACUAGCUGUGCCUCAUUCCAUUCACCAUCCCCAUUCCAUUCUACUAGCUGUGCCUCACUCCACUCACCAUCCCCAUUCCAUUCUACUAGCUGUGUCUCACUCCACUCACCAUUCAUCAUUCCAUUCUGCUAGCUGUGCCUCAUUCCAUUCACCACCCCCAUUCUAUUCUCUGUUCAACUACAUUUACUUUUUCUUUUCCUCAGAAAUAACUAAUUUCUUUCUCAGUGCCUUUCUCCUAUUUUUCCCCUUUUUCCAUUUGUUAUUCAUGCCUCACACUCUCAUUUAUUUUUCUCUGUGCUUGCCAUACAUUUCUUUAUGUGUCUAUAAUACUUCCACAUAUUAUCUGUUUCUUUCCUGUUCAGUUCUAUGUUGUCUUCAAGUCAUUUCUCUAUAAGUCUCUUCAUUUAUAUUUACAUGCCAUCCCCACUUCCCUAUGGUCUUCUCUAUUCAUUCCUCCGCACCUCCCCAUUAGUUUACCCAUGGCCUUCCCCAUUAAAUUGUUCCUCCUCAUUCAUUUAUCAGUGUUCCUCGUCUUCUAUCUUUGUGACCUCGGCCAUCACUCUAUGUUUUAUGUAUUAGUUGCUCUGUCAUACCUUCUCUCUACUCUUCUAUUCCAUUUCUUUUUUGUUAUUAUGUUAAUUGUCAUGCUUUUUGCAGUGAUUUUCUUUCUGCAUAUGAAUUACAUUUUGAAUAAAGUACGCUUUGCCUUUUUAGUUAUUUCUUUAGCUUUUCUUGUGAUUUUUGGGCCAUAAAUAAAAUGCCGUCUCUCUGUUUAUAAAUAGUUGUAUAAUUUUAGCUACUAGCUGUAUUUACUAGGCAUGCUGCUGAUGAUGCAGUUAUAUUUUCUCACUGCAAUAAAUAUUAAGGUUUGUUUGCAAGAAAAGAACUUGCAAAAUGAACUCCAUGACAUGCUCUGAGCGACAGGUAUCAUAUGUUUGAAGUUCUAAAUUAAAUGAUCUAAAAGUAGUCGUUGUGUGCAGUGCCAGUUGUUUGUUUUUUUUUGUUAAAUAAUUUUUGCGUGGUUUUAAAAAAAUGUGGAGCUUUCCCAGCAUCCAUUAUCCAGCCCUUUUGCUCUGCUUAGAUAAGCAAAAAUAUGAUAUUUGCAAUAAAUAUAUAGAUAUUUCCACAUUUGCAUGGCAGAGAUGCAAGCACUGUGUUUGCCUGCCCCCAUUACUCAAAGGCUGUCAUUGAUUGGAGUACAUUGGACAAAGUGACAAUCCGUGGCAUCAGAGGAGCAAAGUUUUUGGGUACUGGGGACAGAUAACCAGGAGAUGGCAAUCAAAGAAUCAUUGCCCUAUGACCACUACAAGAAGCCUUAGUUGUUAAGCUCCUUAAUCUCUGGAGCCCUAGUGGGCAGUAGAGCCUUGGUACACUUGCAAGCCGUAUCUCCCUGCUCCCCAGAGUUUCUCUUGACUGUUUAUCAGCUGUUUAGAAACUAUAAAACUAUCAACAUGUGACACUAAGGCCUUGGAAGCACAUUUAUUGGCUUUUUUUUUUUUUUAAGUCAUCAAAAAAAGAUAAAUAAAACAAAGAAAUAAAUAAAGAAAAGUCAUACUAGUAUGAGGGGGUCAAUGUGAUUUCCCCUUAUUUUAUUAGUGAUACAAUACCUGCCCAGUAGCUAGUCUUUUAUGAUAGCUAUUUAGUAGACAUGCCCUAUACCGAGGGCAUAAAGUAGAUUUUAAGUUUCCCUUAUACUUAUGUGGGGGGUCCCUUUGACCCCCAUAUGCUCUUUUUAACUAUUUGCCCCCUAGGUCUGACAGCAGGCAAAUAGUAAAAAAAAAAAAAAAUUAUAAAUUUGAUAAGCUCAUUUAAUGGUAUCUACACAGUAAUUAAAUUGAUCUGAAAUUUAAAAUGGCUUAUUUGUUGGAAUAUAAUCAAGUCCUUAGUAAGGUACAGGAAAAAAAAUACCUAAAUAAGGGGAUGAGAGGGCUGGAAUGGGAUAAACUAUUUAUUAGACUUUCUAAAGGAACAUGAACUCCUAGUUACCCUAUAUCACUCUGUUAUAUUUCUCACACUUUUAACUUUGUUGCAUUUUUCUUUCUGUUGAAGGUACAUACAGGCUGCCACUUCCCCUAAGGACAUAGUGAUUGUGGUUGACAUAAGUGGAAGCAUGAAGGGGCUAAGGAUGACCAUUGCCAAACACACAAUCAGUACACUGCUGGAUACGCUGGGGGAGAAUGAUUUUGUGAAUGUAAUUGCUGUAAGUCUCAUCUUUUAUGCAGAAUUUAUAGAAUUAGUUUUUGCAGGGUGUGUGAGCCAGUAAUUUUGUUUCAGCAUACCUGUAGACUCAAUAUUCAUCUAGCUUAGGGGUGCCCAAAAAGUAGACCCCCAGAUGUUUUAAAACUACAUCUUUCAUGAUGCUUUGUCAUUCUAAUGGCCAGCAAACCAUCAUGAGAAUUGUAGUUCUACAACAUCUGGGGAUCUACCAUUUAGGCACCCCUAGUUUAGCGGCACGCAGACAUAAACUGUAAGGUUGGUAACAAUCUUUAUGUGAUACAUGUAUGAGACGUUUAGCAACCUCAUAGUAAAGAUUGCAUCUGUUUGAUAAUGUCUGUUUUUGUAAGACACUGAUUAAUCAAUUACUUUCUUCUGUUUAUGGAAUAUAAAGUAUGCUUGACAUUCCAUAAACAGAAUAUGUACUUGUAUAUAUAACACUGUGCAUUAAAAAUAGAUUGAAAUAAAACAGCAAAAAUAUGUAUUUAUUAAAAUAGAAACAUAAUAAUUACUUACCAUGAUUUUCUUUUUCUGGGUUUCAUCCAUGUCAGUAAUGUCAGUAUUACCUAUAGGUUAGUUCCUCCCUCUCAGCUCAUUAGGACAGGAAUAUUCAAAUUACAUAGGUUGUUCCUAUACAACAGUUUGGUAAAUAAGCACUCCAAAUUAUAGUAUUCUGUGAUGCUGACAUGAAUGAUAGAUGGCAAAAGAAAAUUACAAUAAGUAUUUUUUUUUUUAAAGUUCUUUUGUUCUGGCUAAUCCAUGUCAGCAUUAUCUACGAGAUUUCAAAAGCUAAUCGUUGGUGGGAGAGAAAAAAAACAACCAAUAUACGGCCAAAAACCAUUUAGUUUAUUAAGUAGACAUGACUGAAGAUAAAACAAACACUCCAUGCAAAGAAGGAUGCAAAUAUAAUAUCUCGUUGGCAGUGCCUUGAUGACAACCAUGAUGCUGCUUUAUAUAUCUUAUUUCUAGUAUUUGUGGAAGCCUCUGCCAAAGAUGCCCAGGAUAUCGAGACAAACCGGAGUUAGAUUUAAUACCUUCUGAAAUAGACUUCCACACCACUUUGCAGGCUUUUUGAAUUUUAGGCAUACCGGUAAUUCAUCUGGUACUGGUUGAGGUAGAGGUAGUUGACGAAGGUGCACUACUAUAGCACCGAAACGCGCGUCGGGUUGAAGGAUUUUUUCCUUCACUUUUUCACUCUUUCUCACUUAUAGGGCACUGUAUCACCAUGUGCAGGUAACCAACGCUCUAAGUAUGGUUCUGCACAUUAGUAUGAUUUUAUUCUAACACUUUAAUUUUCUUUCUUUUCCUGUCACUCCUAUAUGUGUGGUCUACUGUGAUUACUAUUAUUAUUAUUUCUUUGAUGGCUAUUUGCCUGGAGACGGACUAUGGUAAUUAUAUAAUUUUUGUGAUAGAAGUUCAUAUACUAGCAAGCACUUAGCCGACAAGUUAAUAAGUUGGUAUUUGACACAUAUCCUAUUCACACAGUUACGGUUUUUUGCUAACCGGCAAGUGUUUCAUUUCUAUUGCUCAGUCAUCUGUACUCUAUAGGCUAUUUUGUAGCAACAGUAGUUGGAUACUAUUAUUAGAGGGAUCUUUUUGACCCUCUUUAUCUUUGCUACUUAAUAGUUAUACUAUACUUUUUUAGCUACCAUUAAGUCUGAUCUGUUGACUUGAUUUAUUUAUUAUUAUUAUUUUUUCUCUUUAGACCACAGGAGUUUACUAUAAGGCUCUUUGAAUUUUAUGCAUAUGUUUUAGACAUGGACAAUUUUAGUUGAUUAUAUUAAAGUCCUGCGUUCAAACAGAAAAUUAAUGCUUAAGAGUCCUUUCUAGACAGGAAAAUAGCCAUUAGGCUACGUCUAUUCACUUUGUUCCAUAUAUGAACACUCUAUAGAUUUUUACGAUUCAUCUUAUUAUUGGUCAUAUUUACUUAUUCGCUUUUCGAUCUUCCAGUUCAUUCUUGUUUCUGGUCCUAGCAACCAGUCACAAGAAGUUUGUUGUUUAAUAUCAGAGGUAGUUAAUCCCUUACUUGAUAAAGUUUUAAAACAGAGUGCGUAGAUGGUGCCGGUCAAAUUUAAUGUUUGAACCUUUGAAAGCACUUAAUUUUUUUAGUAUGGUUGCACUUUUUUGUUAUUAGUUGGGAUUUAAAUAGCCAUUAGGGGUGAAUACAAUACAUUGGUUUUAUAUUUCUGGAUGUUCCUGUUUACUUUGUUAAAAUAUAUCUUCUAAAAGCUCUUACUACAUCCAGAUUGUACUGCGUUACUCCCCCUUUACAAGCGGGAUAGGAUAUAAGGAAGGCACGACUAUUGGUUAAUGUGAAAUCUAGAGACUACUUUUGAAAGAAAUUCUGGAACUGGGUGAAACGUUGUGGAGUCACCUAUGAAUUGUGUGAAUGGAUCUUCAGAGGAUACAGCAUGAAGUACUGAAGCCUUGCUGGCUGAAUGUAUUGCACUAAGGAAGACUGUCUUCAAAGGAACACACUUUAUUGGAGCUCUUAUUCUGAUACCUAAAAAGACUUCAGAACAACUACAUUAAGCUGUAGUGGUUCUGGUGACUACAGUGUCCCUUUAAGAAUUGUAUUUUUGACUUUGAAAAAUCUGGCUCCUAACUUUUUUAGCUGGCUUGAAGAUUUUAAGCAAAUUUGUCAAGCCCUGCUGUAUUAGGAAUUAGACUUUAACUUCGUAUCAAUUCUUUCUUCUGAUAAAUUGCAGGCUUUUAAAGUCUGCUUUUUAACUUUCAUGUCAUCAGUUUAAAAUGUGAUAGAUUUUCGUGAAGGACUGGGCCUUGAGCCAGUAAAUUCCUUUUGAUUGGUAACUCCUGGUACGUAUAAAGCAACAGUGGGAACCACUGCCAGUAUAGUAAAAUGGCUCUCACCUCCACUUCUUUGCUUCUGAUUUUCCCAAGUACUCAUGGAAUAUGCAAGAAUAAGGGAAAGUGCAUCCCAGAUGAAAAUUCCUUACCUGCAAGAGCGAACCCUGAUCCAUCACCCUUGGAUCGUUUGUUCUGGAAUAAAUCCUUGGAGGUGGUUUGUUUGAGUAUGUUACCAUCAGGUCUAUGGCUGGUGUUCAUGUGCAACUUGUACAUACUAUUUAAUUUCGACUCAGAAAAUCUGCAAUAUUGUUGUAUUUUCUCUGCAGAUGAAUAGCUGAAAGGCCUUCCAAGUUCAUAUGCGACCAUGGUCUACCUUACAGGGUUUUUCACUAAAGUGAGAAUUCAAAGUGAAUUUCUUAUUUAAGGUAAAAGUAGCUGAACUGGAGCCAUAGCUGGCUUAGACAAUUUUUAGAGUUUAGUCAUAUUGACUUUAAAUUUGAAAUUCAUUUUGAAUUCUCUCUUUCGUGAAUAACCCUGAAAAUAAAGCUACACUCUCCACGUAAACUGUUUUUGUGGCAACUUUAAUAACCAACCUUGUACAGCUAGUCUUUUCUGUGGCUUUUGCUAUUCAGUCUCCACUUAAUCUUUAAAAGCAGAAUGCAUAGCAAUGUAGCUCUUAUCCUGAGUAGAACUUCAAAGUGCACAUCUGCUGAGCGGCCAUAUUGGAAUUUCCUGUGCACAGAGAGAACAUCAAACGAAUGCCCCAAAACAAGAAAGUAACUGGAUAGCAAUAAAGGUCGAUACAAGAGCCUCCAGGACCAAUACUGAAAAAAAGACCACAAUACACUGCAUAAAUCCUUUUUACCACCCCGAAGGUAUAAUAAUUGUCAAAUAAUGGGAGAAGUGGGAAAGAAAUAUAAAUUGUGCAAACUGGAGAACUUAAACCACUUGAUACCAAGUAUGUUCAUUGGCUUUUUGGUGUCGGGGUCCUACCUGGGUUGGGAGUCUGUAGCGCAGAUAUGUUGCUCACCCUUGCAGAUAGCCACAGGCCAAGGUGGUCAGGUAAGAAUUCACCUGGCCUGUGGGUCUGUGCAUGGGGGCUGUGCAGGAUGAAGUACCAAAUCGCAGGACAGGCAAGGACUCAAACAACAGGAUCGUCAAGGGAUAGCUGAGGUCACAGGAUGCCAGAGGACAGGAACAACGAAGAGUAGCCGAAGUCAAGGGAUGCCAGAGGUCAGAGUAAACGUAGUCAGAAGUCGGGGUCAAUUAUAAGUAGAUCAAACGACAGGAACACUGGUACAGAACACACAACAGGAUCAAAGACUUGAUCCUGAUCACAGGGCGAGGCUGGGUUUAAAUACCCUGCUGAUGUCUGAUCAGGGUCAGGUAAAGCACAGCCAAAGUCAAGGUACAGCCCCCAGAGUAAUAGACAUGCCAGGAUGAACAGGACCGGAAUCACUUGUUGAUAACAAAAGCUGCUGUGGCUGAGAGGUAGGAAGCAGGACCAGGACUGCGAAGUUCCCCGGUUCAUAUCCCUUGUUGGGAACUCCUUGGGCGACCACGUCUGGCCAUCUGUCUGCUGCGGUGAGAACCGUGACAUUUGAGAGUCUCAAACUGCUUGGGCUGUAUCUGGGUUCUUCCUAAGGGACAAAGAUUGAACUUCCUUGGGUGCCAUUAUUAAAAACUAAUGGCAGGUAAGCCUUAAAAGAAAAACUGUAUGCUGCCUAAAUGACUUGAGGACAAGACAAAGACUGCUGUAUAGAUGGAGGGGAUUACCUUCAUACCUUUCUUAAUUGUAUUUUGUAUAUACCUGUAAUUAUCAUCUUAGAAGAAGGAGCUAGCCCAUAGGCGAUGCUGAUAUGGAUUAGUCAGGAUAACAACAUUUUAGUGUUGUCUCAUGCUGCUUUUUUACAGGUCCUCAUCCUCUCCCACUAUUGUUUGUCAGGUCCAGCAUAUUCUUGUUCUCCCACUGGGAUGGAUAAGAGACAUGACAAGUAAAUGCUGUGUUUCUCCCAAUCCUCUAUUUUGGAUGAUGGUAUGGCUAUUGUACACAGUGGAUGGCUUCCUUGUAUGUUAGUGGAAGUCUGAACUGCAUACAUGCCCACACGGUGUGCAAUAUACAUUCAGUACAGCCCCAGAAAGCAGUUCAUACACCUAGUGGAAGUCUGAACUGCAUACAUGCCCACACGGUGUGCAAUAUACAUUCAGUACAGCCCCAGAAAGCAGUUCAUACACCUGUACACUUAAACAACAACAAGUGAAAAAAAUACGCUUAUGAAUAUAUAACCUUAUUAAAAGUAAAAAACGUGUGCGCCUCUAAAGUGCAGUUAAUAAGGGCAAAACAAACAAUAUCUUAUAACACCUAAAAUAUGGUGCAAAUUUCCUUGUGUACAUAAAGUGCAAAGAUCUAUGUUUAAAGGGACACUAUAGUCACCAGUGCAACUACAUGUAUUCCUGACCCUAUAGUGUUAACACGACCAUCUAGCCCCACUGGGCCCCUCAUGCCUCCAUAAAUAUAGUAAAAAUCUUACUGUAUUCAAGCCAGAAGCUGUAAAUCUGCAUGCUGUUAGACUCAGGAAAAACAAGCAGUCUAAUGACAUGUGAUAGCCUGAUCCAAUCACAGUGCUUCCCCAAAGGAUUGGCUGAGACUGACGAGGAGGCAAACACAAACACAUCCCUGGCCAAUCAGCAUCUCCUCAUAGAGAUGAAUUGAAUCAUUUAAUCUCUAUGAGGAAAGUUCAGUGUCUGCAUGCAGUGGGAGGAGAUACUGAAUCACAGGAUGCUCGUGCACAGCAGAUCAGAGUGGAUGGAGGCACAUUAUGCCUCCAUCAACUCAGAAGUCCCUCUGGUUCACUCUGAGUGACUGCAACUGGAGGUGUUCCUAGCUUUCAAUGUAAACACUGUAUUUUCUCAGAAAAUACAGUGUUUACAUGAGAAAGGCUGCAAGGAGCUAUAGUUCUCACCUGAACAACCUCAUUAAGCUGAAGUUGUUCAGGUGACUUUAGUGUCCCUUUAAAAAGACAUAACAAAUAUUCCUUUAAAUCACAAUCCAAAAGUUAGUGUGUAACAAAAAAAAAAGAAUAAAAACGUAUGAACCAUAUAAUACUUCCAUAUUAUACUGAUAUUCCUUAAAGUCUCUUGGGCUGCACAUUUGGAUCAAAAUAUAGGGGGAAAAAAUCUAGUGCAGAACAUCCAUAAAUUACAAUAAAUGCACUCAAGCAUAGAUAAAUGGUCACACUCACAAAUUUCGAGUGGAUUAAGUGCCACUCUUAUUCUGCAGGCACGUGUGCGAUGGAUGCAAUAGGCAGAAGUGUAAGUAUCUGGACCGGAGACACAUAACGCCAAUCUUCACAUUAAAUUUUGAUUGAAAAAACUACUUGAAAAGAUAAAUAAAUCGAUAAGAGGCUUGCAGGUACUCAUGAUUACUCACGGUUGCUUUGUGCACCUGUACACAUACAGAACGCAGCAAAUCAUUUUAGGAGAAUCAGACAGAGAGUAGGGGGUUGGAGUUAAGCUUGAAGUAAAAUAUAUUUUAAUUGUAACUUUAUUUUCUGGUAUACAAAGACUAUUUUAAGAAUGUCCUGUUUUUUUGCAUGAAAGUAAAUUAUAUUUAAAAGGCUUUAUAUGAUCCAUCAGUUUGUAGUAUAACUGCAGACAUAUAAAGUAUAUUCAGAACAACAGAAAUCCAGAGAUUUUACUUCUAGAGGGUCCCAAUGCAGCUAUAAUAAUAUUUGUUUUGUUUUACUUGUUUCCCAGUACAAUGAUUAUGUGCACUAUAUCGAGCCUUGUUUUAAAGGGAUCCUGGUACAAGCUGACCGAGAUAACAGAGAGGUAAGUGAAAUCCUGACUGUGAGUUAGUGUAAAGUAAUGAUUGCGCAUAGAUUGUCUAAAUGUGUUCUCUGUCAACUUUGGCAAUUGUUCACUAAACUUGGCAGAUGUCCAUUGGUUUCAAGUAAUUGGACAUAUGGUGAGCUUCGCAGGAUCUCAGUGAUGCUGACUUCAGCCGUAAACUUCAAUUAUUCUUAGAAUGAACACUGCAGUUUCUAUGAUUCAAAUGACUAUAUGAUCAUGUUAGAUUAUUUCACAUACCCCUCAGUCUUUUAUAUACUCUGUCUCCUCCACUUUCAGUAAUUUAAUCAUUUUCAAUUGUUUAAAAAAAAUCUGUGCCUCUUACCAGCUUCCCCAUGUUCCAACAGAACUUUGAUUAAUAAAAUACUCUAAUAAAAUUCUACAAACUGUUUUUUCCUUAAUAAAUGAACCCUCUGAAAAAAAUGUUUUGAUUUAAAGAAAACAAUUAAAAUAAUGAUCCUGGGGGAAUAAUUUGACAUACUGUAUGGUAAGAUGAAUAAUAAUGAAGAAUUCAGGUUGUUGGUUGAUUCUAUGACACCUGUCACUUUCAAUAUUUUAUUUAAGGGGCUUAUUUGCUAGACCACGAGUUGUUAAGCGCAGAUAAUAGAGAUGUAAAUUUGGGGCCAAUAUAAGACCAAUUGUGAAAAACUAUCAACAAAAUCAACUAUUUUUAAAUUUAAUUUUGCAAUAAUGGUUUCAUCCCACUGCAUCUUAUGUUUUAAUUUAUUUUUUAAUGCAACUUGCAAACCAAAGUGCUCUGUGUUACUGAUGAUCUUGGGAAAUUAUAGAAACUCUCUCCUGUAUCCUUCACAGCACUGACCCUGUCCCUUAUUACCUUCUGUCUUUCAUCCCUUUCACCACCUUUGUUUUGCAGCAUUUUAAACAGUUAGUGGACGAACUGCAGGCAAAAGGUGUUGGAACAGUCAACAAAGCCCUCAUCGAAGCCUUCAAAAUCCUAAAAGAGGUAUGAAACAGCAUAGGUUAAAAAAGAACAACCCAUAGUUAACAUUGUAGUUGACAGUUUUGCUGUGAAUAAAUCACCGAUCCUCGACAUUUCUGCUUUAAAGGUGCGGUUAUUAAAUGCUUAACACUGUUUAGGCAUGCUGUAAUGUAGUUGAUUGUCAGAGUGCUAUCAUAAUGUCACUGCAAGAAUUAGGGGCUUAGGAUUUGAGGUGUAAUAAUUAAUAUACUCUGUGCUCUUGAUAUAUGUGUAACCUUUCUAUCUUCUCAGUUCCGAGAGGCGGGUCAGGGCGGGCUGUGUAAUCAGGCCAUCAUGCUGAUAACUGAUGGGGCUGUAGAAGAAUAUGAACCGGUGUUUGAGAAGUACAACUGGCCUGAUAAAAAGGUGGGUUCUGAUGUAAAGUUGAGGGUAAUUUUACAAAAUAUCCUAGCAGAGCUGCUCCUAUGCUAUUCACAUUCUCAAAAUGAUGCAGAGCCACUAUGGCGAAGUGUAUUUUGAUAAAGUGACAGAGUCCAUGUAUGAGAAGUAUGACCCUAUCGAUACUGGUAAAGUGACUGCUGCAUGACCUUCUGUAUGCUUGAGUGAACUGGCCGUCAUCAGACCACAUGGUAAAGUUAUGUGGGUUAACGAAUUUGUGAAUCCUCACAAUGUAGCACUAGGAAAAAUAAAACAAUAAAUAAACAAUAAAACAGCCAUGGUGUUGUAACAUCACUUAAAGUAAUACUGUUGUGCUAUGUUUUUUGUGCACUGCAUGCAUAGACAGCACAUGCUUUAAAGACAAAACUAUUUUUGCUACAGAUUGAUGAUCAUAGGCAACCAAAUUGAAAUUUGGAUAGGUUUAGUGGGGAAUAUUCUUAUUUGUUCAUAGCUUUUCUGGCUGGAUUGAAUAAGCAUUACCAGUGGUCAGAAUUUGGUCAAUCUGGGUUUACAGAAAAUUAAAUGUCUAUGAAAACACAUUGGUAAGACAGGAUUAAGUGCUUAAUUCUAAUUUUUUUCUUUGCCCCCUGUAAGCUCUGUAAUGAGAUAUCCCUUCUAACGUAUCUGCAGGACAAGGCAUUCUGCAAAUUGUUCUCUUGUGUAAGCUGUAGAACCAAUGUACCAGAAAGAGAGCUGGCUUAAUGUGGACCAGUGGUUAUUGUAUUCCUCCACUGACCAUGGUAUCUGUCAUGUAUGGAACCAUCUAAGACACAAAAUGAUUUCUUGCUUAGUAUUUCAUGGGAACCAAUAGCCAACAGACUAUGGUAUACAACGAGCCAUCUAGCCACAGGUGAACAAUAAAUUAGAAAUUAAGAUGUGUGAAGGCUUUACUUGAUGGACUGUUUGAGAUCUUUGUAGGCAUGUGGGUUCAGAUGGGAUACAUGAUAUAUUAAUGUUGGCUUCUACCAUCAAGACUAGUUAAGUUUAAUGCACACAUUCUACGCAGUUUGUUGUAUGACGGAACAGGUAGGGGUAAUGAAGUGCAUGUCUCUACUGCUCUCUCCACUCACAAUGUGCUGUAUGGACAAUUUGACUUAUCAACAUUCACAGGCGUCUUAAGCUUUGACUCAAGUCUGAUUUACUGAUUUAAAUUCCAUCAGGUGCGAAUUUUUACAUAUCUCAUUGGGAGAGAAGUGACAUUUGCAGAGAACGUGAAAUGGAUCGCCUGCAGCAAUAAAGGUAUAACAUUGUAACUUUUCUGCCUUUAACCUUUAUUUGCAGUAAUUGAUGAGAACGCUAAGGGCAAAUUUAAUGGAUUUUGCCGACCAGCAGUAACUCCUGUUAAAUUGGUGUUUUGGGUGAGAGUGAUUGGUUUUGCAGCCCCAAACAUCCCCAGUUUAAAGGCCUAGCUUCCAGAGUUAUUGGUCCUUCACUGUACAUUGCUCUAAGGAUAAAAGGUCUAACAUUUCUGUACGGCUUUAUUUAUAUUUAGAUUCUAAACUUUGAAAUCAAUAUUUUAGUCAUAAAUAUGCAUGAGUAAUAACGGGACAGAAUAAUAGUAAAUAUCAUGAUCAUAUUAACACAGUGUAGUUAAAGAAUAGCUUGACCAUGUCUUACAUUGUAACACAAGUGUUGUUUUUGCAAGGCUACUACACUCAGAUAUCCACUCUAGCUGAUGUCCAGGAGAAUGUGAUGGAAUAUCUUCAUGUACUGAGCCGGCCAAUGGUAAUCAACCAUGACCAUGAUAUCAUCUGGACUGAAGCUUAUAUGGAUAGCGCGGUAAGUGAUCCAAGGAAUUUUAAUACAUUAAUGCAUCAACUAACUAUGAUCCUCAGGCAGAUUGCUCAUGGUAUUACUGGCUGAUGAUUAUACAUUUAUAAUCCAACAGCAAACAGUCGAUCUCUCUCUCUCAGUAACUCCUGCAUUACACACAAUGAGAAAUAGUUAAUGAAGUCCUUGGUUUACAGGAGCUCUUUGUUCUAUGCAUAUUUUCACUGCUAACAGAACCUUUUGCCACAAAAUGGCCUUCUACCAGGCUGAGUUGCCAUGGACCGGACAUUACUGCACAUAGGCUUCUUACUCCACAACUUGUGGACUAAGUCAUUAGGAUUAUGGUACCUGUGUUUGGCACAACGUUGCAUUUCACCCAGUUUUCCGUGUGACACCUCAUUCUCUGUACACUUCAAAUGAAUAUGUCAGUGUUACCUAACCCCUUGUAUAAUUCACGCAGAUUUCUUAGUGGUACCUCACUUUCUGUACAGUUUACCUGAAUAUCAAUGUGGCACCUUAACCCCUUAAGGACCAAACAUCUGGAAUAAAAGGGAAUAAUGACAUGUCACACACGUCAUGUGUCCUUAAGGGGUUAAUCCCUUCACAAUUCACCCAAGUAUGAGUUUGGUCCCUCACUAAUCGUACAAUUCCUCCAUACAUUAUUAAUUGCUCCAUUCACACAGAUACCCAUGUGUCACUUUGUAUCUCAUUUCACUCCACCCACUUAUUUCAGGUUUUACACCCUGCCUGCCACAUGUGGCCUCCUCAUUCUUUAGGCAGAUUCCAGAUGCUCGUGUUUUAUGCUGAUACCGUUGUUUACAUUCAUACACAUUUCCCUUUGUAAUGUCCUGUUUUCUCAUCCUGUUCCGUUCCCCAUCUUCAUGAUCACCAGCUGCCCCAGUCUGAAGAGGUAACCUGUGCUUUGGAUGUUGUGAACUGGCCCGUUUAUCUUGUGCUACUGUGGUGGUGGUGGUGUUAGUCUGAUUAGCCUGUGAGGUGUGUGCUGUAAAACCUUUCAUAAUGUGUUUGUGCAUGCCACUCUAACAUUUCAUUGUAACAUUGCCUGUUGUAGAAGAGUAAAGAUGUUUCAUACUAUUCAUUUCAGCAUUGUGAAUAGGUUCAAGCUUGCUUUAAUGAAGAGGUCUUGUGAAAUAUGAAUAGGAAUCUUACUAGGAAUUUCAACUCUCUCAAAAAUAUGUGGUUUCAUAGCUAGCGUGUGUAAAGCACUGUAAUGUAAAGAAAAACACCGUCUGUAAUGUUCACUGAUGCUAUACCGCAGUUACCUGUUAAUUUUCAAGGCAUCAUGUGUGUAGUUUGGGAAAAAAGCAAAAUGGCUGCUCUCAAAAUAUUGCAUAUUAAAUCCUGAUAAAAGGCUAUGUAUUUUCUUUUUUUUUUUUUUUACUUAAAAAGGCACUCUAAACAACAUAGUGUUGACGGCAUGUGUAGUGGUUAUGGUACAUUGAAUUUCCUUGUGCCAUUCCUUUGUUUAAUGCCAUGCUCUUUAUGAAUGGUUUGAUAUAAACCAGGCUCCUCCAACACCCAGGGACUGGCGACCACAUUGAUCAUGCAGAAUUAACAUUAUCCCCAUUAUCCGCAUUAUUAAUACCAAUUUUGUCCUCCCUGAUUAGCUACAUGUACUUGGGGUUGAUGAUCCCUUUCUUUACAGCAAUAUGGUUGUGAUAUAUUAUACUGGAUGCUGCUAUGAUCCUUGCUCUGUAUCUAUAAGACAGUAGUAGUGUUUCGUAUAGUUUGACAGUCAAAGUAGGGAUUCACAACAUCCAGUUUCCACAUAGAUGGCUGCUUAUGCUGAGAAAGUAUGGUAUGACAAGUGGCUGUUUUAAAGUUUCAGGUCAUGGCCCAGAAGAGACGUUAGUCUAGAAGCUGAGCAAUCUGUGGCGAUCCUGGGAGAUCAAUGACCUCUCUCUUAGGAAGAGACUAAUAAUUUAUCUGUCUCUCCAGCUCUUUGCAUCCCAGGCUCAGAGUCUCCUGUUAAUGACCACUGUGGCCAUGCCUGUAUUCAGCAAGAAAAACGAAACGGUGAGUAAUGGCUGAUGCAAUAAUCUGUAAGAAGGAGAGAAGAGUGAUGGUGAGAAUGUAAUCUAGAGGAAAAGUCUAAAGUCGGGGCAAGGAUUUCAUUGGGUGAUGUGUUGCCAGGCACAAAUAGUCAUUCCAUGAACCCAUCACGUAAAUAAACCUUUAUAUCACAGAUGUACCAACAUAGACCAAACACUGUCAAGACUUCAGUUCCUAGGAUUCUCUGCCAAUCAGGAACUGGGAAAUGUAGCCGAAUAGCUGGAGGCCAGGGCUGAACAUCGAAAUUUUACUCCCAAUAGUUGGGAUUAAGCUAGCCUUCAGUAUUUUGUAUUCUUUUUUAGAAAUAGUUCACCUGUUUUGUCUGACAUUUCUAAAAUUCAUUUUGGCUUUCCAUAUUACUAUUACUGCUUAUUAUUUUCUAGUCUAUAAUAUUUCAUAGCAUUUACCCUUCUCACUUUUCUUGAUUUGAUGCUCCUUGAGCAUUUUGGAAUGUUUCUAAUUUAAAUAUUUGCAACUGGAACAGGUGUGAUUAAGUAAAUAGAUAUCAACCAAAAGUGUCCCAAAUAAUAGUUGAGUGUGUGUUAAGAAAAGGGAGAUACUUUAUUAACAAUAUCCUAAAAACAGGUGAGAGAGCUAGCACCUAAACAAGCUAGGGAAUUGUCAAGUUUAAACUAAUAUUUUAGACCCCCUUAGAGAUCUAUUGCUUCAGUGACAGUUCACGUUGGGAUGGUGCACAAGGACAACUAAAGCCGCUGUGAGCUCUGGUCAUUCUGACAUGAGGGGCAUUAUAUGUAAUGUCUGAGCCAUGAAAGAUUGCUGCUAAAUAAUUUACUUUUUCCUGAGUUGUAGCCUGGAUGUAAUAGGUGACUCAACCAUUUAAGUAUAUAUAUCAUUGUAUUCAGAGGCAGUUAAUGCUAAAUCUGCCAAAACCAGCAUUAAAGCUAUGAUCAGGAAUCUCCACUCACUAUUCCAAAUGCAGUAGCCAGUGUUAAAGGAACAUGUGGCUUCUCUAAUGGUCUGUAUUACAGCAGUUAAAGAUAACAUAGGAGACAUCCAUGCCAGCCUGACAGCCACUGAGUUGACCAACUAGCAACUGCAUAAGAUGUGUACCGAGCUCAUUUCUGAGGUUUGUGGUAUAUAACAAGGCACCCUACUGAUGAUAGAAAGUCAUUGAUGGGACUUGGAGAACAUUGCUCCCUUUGUCCCUCAUUCACCUCCAACAUGGUAACAGGCCCACUAGCUUGAGUUCCUCCCUCUGUGGACUAGGGUCACUCAUUUUAGCCUGUUUGUGAACAUCUUUUUCUUGCUUUAGUUUUACAUCAGAUUGUAAGGGUGUAUUAGUUGAUGGAUUCAGUGACAAAUUAAUCAGUGUUUUUUUUUUCCUUCCUAGAGAUCAGAAGGAAUCCUUUUGGGUGUGGUCGGGUCAGAUGUACCACUGCGUGAGCUCCUAAAAUUGGCCCCAAGGUAUAAGGUGAGAAGAAAGUUUUAAAAUUAAUUUCUAUGUUUCAUACUCUGUACAGGGUUAUUCAUUUGGGUGUCAAUUUUAGGAAUUCAAAGUUAAUUAAUUUUUCAAAAAAGUUUUUGUCAAUCAUUGCUUUAUUGAGAUGAUAACAAGAUACAGACAAAAAAAUAAAUUGUACCAGGAUAUAUCAGCAUAGUUAGCUAGACUGAUACACUUUACAUGUCACAUAUAAUUCUGAUUGAUAGAGACAUCUAAUUUUUACAUAUUACUAAGUUGGGCGAUUAACUGGGCAUAACUAUUAUUAGCAUGAGUGUAAUGAGCUAUACAGGACUCUUGGGUAUUAGCUAAUAGAGCAUGACACACUGACUACUGAUCAGACAUGCUAAUCUUUUCUCACGGGCUUAAUAAUCCAUCAGUUCAAAUGGCAAAGCGAUAAUAAAAAUAAAGAUAAAACCAGGUGAAAGAAAAAUAAAAUUUUGCCAUGUAGGCUAUAUGAAUCCUGUGGUACAUUAGUUGUAGAAGUGGUAGCCAGCUUCUGUCGAAAAGAAUUGCACAGUCUGUCAAACACCUUUAGUAAGUCCCAUCCACGAUCAGGCAUGUCAGCCAUUUUGGAACUUCCAAGUAGGCACAGUGUAUAGCAGUAACAAACACUCUGUAGCUGGCCAUGUGUGUUAUUUAGUUCGUCAGUGUAGCCCAGGAUAAACCCCACCGGACCGGGGGGCGGGGGGGGGGAGGAGGAGUACAGGCAAUUGCUAGAGUACCACCAAGCAAGGGAUCAACCUCGUCCCCACUUAAGACCAACCAGCAGGCCUCAGAGAAGUUUUUGCUUUUAAGGCUUAAUUUCACAAAAGGUUUGAGGAACCCCUCCACCAUGCAGCUAUCUCUGUCAGCAGCUAGGCGCCGCACCCUUAUAAUUUACCAUUUUAGACCAGAAUAACUAAAUUGAAAAGGACCCAGCUAUGUUUGCAGUUUGAAUAUUUUGUUCAAAAAUUUGCAAUUCACUUUGAACUCACUUUAAAUUUCUGACUAUUCACACUUUAGUGAAUAGCUCCAAUAAUAUUAAGUGAUGGGUGCAGCUAGUCUGUCUGUUAACAUACUCACCUGUAAAGUUCCUGUAUAAAGAUGCUGCAGGGUUCUCAUCUGUCAUCAUACUAAGGUGGGAACACAAGCUUAAUGCUUUACCGAAAAACUGAGCAUUGUCUUUUGAUGGGAUGUGUUUUUGUAGAUGUCUUGCAAGUAAUAUAAUUUAAACUCUUUCACAGCUUGGAGUUCAUGGGUACGCCUUUCUAAAUACUAACAAUGGGUACAUACUGUCUCAUCCUGAUCUACGGCCUCUGGUAAGUGAAUUGAUUUGAUUUUAUUGUUAUUUUAGAAUUGCUGUUAUUAAUAGUCUGGGAUAUGAGUAACAUAAUCAUUCAAAGCUUGACAUUCAAAGAAUACCAUAUGCCACACCAGCUCAAACUUCCUGGUUAGUACCAUAAAAGGAACAUUAUAUGAUUAGCAAUAUAAAUCUGUAUUCCUAACUCUAUCUUGUUCCUGUUUCUACUUGUUUUCAGGUGUCCUUUGCCUGUUUAUUAUAAAAUGUAAAAAAAAAAAUAGAUUUACUUAAUUUUUUCCAUCACCUAGUCUUUAGUGUUGCACAUCUCUCCGCCUUCCUUGACGUCACAGAGUGGACAUGGCUUCCUCUGUUGAAGUCCAAUCCAAUUCUCCUUGUAGAGAAGCAUUAGGGACCUAAUGUGCAUGUACACACAUUCAAACUUUCUCAUAGGAAAACAUUGAAUCAAUGCUUUACUAUGGGUCUUCUGUAUCAUGUGACCGCGUUUUACUUAGCCCUUUCAAAAAUUGCAGUGUUUUACAUUGCAGAAUUAAGAGGGCAGUGACACAGCACUCAAACCUUCAUUGAUAUAAAGUGAUUAUACAGGGAGUGCAGAAUUAUUAGGCAAAUUAGUAUUUUGACCACAUCAUCCUCUUUAUGCAUGUUGUCUUACUCCAAGCUGUAUAGGCUCGAAAGCCUACUACCAAUUAAGCAUAUUAGGUGAUGUGCAUCUCUGUAAUGAGAAGGGGUGUGGUCUAAUGACAUCAACACCCUAUAUCAGGUGUGCAUAAUUAUUAGGCAACUUCCUUUCCUUUGGCAAAAUGGGUCAAAAGAAGGACUUGACAGGCUCAGAAAAGUCAAAAUAGUGAGAUAUCUUGCAGAGGGAUGCAGCACUCUUAAAAUUGCAAAGCUUCUGAAGCGUGAUCAUCGAACAAUCAAGCGUUUCAUUCAAAAUAGUCAACAGGGUCGCAAGAAGCGUGUGGAAAAACCAAGGCGCAAAAUAACUGCCCAUGAACUGAGAAAAGUCAAGCGUGCAGCUGCCACGAUGCCACUUGCCACCAGUUUGGCCAUAUUUCAGAGCUGCAACAUCACUGGAGUGCCCAAAAGCACAAGGUGUGCAAUACUCAGAGACAUGGCCAAGGUAAGAAAGGCUGAAAGACGACCACCACUGAACAAGACACACAAGCUGAAACGUCAAGACUGGGCCAAGAAAUAUCUCAAGACUGAUUUUUCUAAGGUUUUAUGGACUGAUGAAAUGAGAGUGAGUCUUGAUGGGCCAGAUGGAUGGGCCCGUGGCUGGAUUGGUAAAGGGCAGAGAGCUCCAGUCCGACUCAGACGCCAGCAAGGUGGAGGUGGAGUACUGGUUUGGGCUGGUAUCAUCAAAGAUGAGCUUGUGGGGCCUUUUCGGGUUGAGGAUGGAGUCAAGCUCAACUCCCAGUCCUACUGCCAGUUCCUGGAAGACACCUUCUUCAAGCAGUGGUACAGGAAGAAGUCUGCAUCCUUCAAGAAAAACAUGAUUUUCAUGCAGGACAAUGCUCCAUCACACGCGUCCAAGUACUCCACAGCGUGGCUGGCAAGAAAGGGUAUAAAAGAAGAAAAUCUAAUGACAUGGCCUCCUUGUUCACCUGAUCUGAACCCCAUUGAGAACCUGUGGUCCAUCAUCAAAUGUGAGAUUUACAAGGAGGGAAAACAGUACACCUCUCUGAACAGUGUCUGGGAGGCUGUGGUUGCUGCUGCACGCAAUGUUGAUGGUGAACAGAUCAAAACACUGACAGAAUCCAUGGAUGGCAGGCUUUUGAGUGUCCUUGCAAAGAAAGGUGGCUAUAUUGGUCACUGAUUUGUUUUUGUUUUGUUUUUUGAAUGUCAGAAAUUUAUAUUUGUGAAUGUUGAGAUGUUAUAUUGGUUUCACUGGUAAUAAUAAAUAAUUGAAAUGGGUAUAUAUUUGUUUUUUGUUAAGUUGCCUAAUAAUUAUGCACAGUAAUAGUCACCUGCACACACAGAUAUCCCCCUAACAUAGCUAAAACUAAAAACAAACUAAAAACUACUUCCAAAAAUAUUCAGCUUUGAUAUUAAUGAGUUUUUUGGGUUCAUUGAGAACAUGGUUGUUGUUCAAUAAUAAAAUUAAUCCUCAAAAAUACAACUUGCCUAAUAAUUCUGCACUCCCUGUAGUGUUCUUUUAAGGUUAGUAAUUUAUAAUCAUGUCUUCUUUGGGAUAGUUCAUUCUAUUGGCCUGCACUUACCUCCUGCUGGUCAGCUGUGUGUAUGGCCAUGUGACCCCUUCAGACCUGAACAUGCGACGUCAAAAUGUUGGUAGUUGAUGUGUUUCCUAAUUGUAACAGAUUGGGCCAUAGGUCAACCAUCACAAGUCUUCAUGUGUCAAAGUAGAUGACAUAAUUUUUUAUGUUUUUAAUUCUACAUAGGUUAGAGGGAUUCCCAAGAGAUAGCCCUGUGUCUGGUAUGGAAUUAAAACAUCAAUGGAGUUGUAGUUCAGCUGGGGGAUAGCUGUUGGAUACCCAUGUUAUUUGAGGUUUUUCUGUUGUUUUUGUUUUAUAGCUUAUUUACAUUUGGUUUGUUUUCCCAGUAUAAGGAAGGAAAGAAGCUCCGACCAAAACCCAACUAUAACAGUGUGGAUCUCUCAGAGGUGGAAUGGGAAGAUCGGGAUGAGAUUGUAACUUACCAUUUAUUUAGUAACAUUUUUCCAAAUGCUAAUGCUUAUAGUGCAUAUUCUGUAAGAUCUGUCUGCCUGCCUGUCUGUCUGUCUAUCUAUCUAUCUAUCUGUCUGUCUGUCUAUCAUGUUUGAAUGUAUCAGGUUCACACAUCACACAGUACUGUAAUUGUAGAAUAUUAGUUGUUUUGAAUGAAGACAUGUUUUUUCUACUUCAGAAGAAUCCAAACUUAACUUGCAAUCUCUUGUUUAUCUAGAACAGGGGUAGGCAACCUUCAGAACUCCAGAUGCUGUGGACUACAUCUCCCCUGAUGCUUUGUUAUUAUGACUGUAAAAUCAUACUGGGUGAUGUAGUCCACAAAAUCUACCCCUGGUCUAGAAUAUUCUGGCAGCCCACUGUGCUCCAACGGAGGUUUGUGGAUCACCUCAACCUUACUGCUUGUCAUGUUAGUAGUAUUGUUUCCUGAAUUGUUCACAUUAUUUGCGAGAACUCAUUUGAGAGAGCUCUGGGAUUGUGUGCUCUGAGUACCAAUCCUCCAUUAUAAUGCCACAUUUAGUACUUUACAGAUAGGAAAGUCCACUAUAGGCGUUAGAGACUAAGUUAAUGUAAAUUUGAAAUCAAAGCUGUAUAAAGAUGUUAUAUGCUGCAGUAAUGAUGGUGCUUGGAGUGUUCAUAUAAACUUAAAUAAGUAAAGAAGAAUAACAUAAAGAAAAACCAACUGAGCUGAUGUAACAUCUACAUUGAGUUGCAUAGUACUGCUCACAGUAAUAUUGCUAAUAUUAAUCUCUCCAGGGUCAGAGAAGAUCCAACUACCUUUUGUGGAGUGUCAGGUUCCACUGUGUUAUUGUAGUGGAUACCUGAGCUAAUAAUGCUAGUGCUAGUGUUCGUUGUACACUUAUUCGAUAUAUUCCAAUAUCUUUAUAACGAGUUAGCCAAAAAGUACCUGUCUAGCUAAAUUCCAUGAUGCUCAGCAAGCAUUUGGAUGUAUUUGGUGGCAGGCCACAAAUGGCUUAAAGUGGCUGCAUAACAAUUUCCGGUAGAGUCAGUUCAGUAACAUAUGGUGUGGCUGCCCUACCUCUGUGCUACUAUUUACAUGUUUGGCUAUAUAAGGAUGGUGCUUUGAGUAACUUGCCUGUCUCGUUCAAACACAGCUUCGUACCGCCAUGAUUAACGGCGAGACCGGUUCUUUGAGCAUGGAGGUCAAAGUGCCUGUAGAUAAAGGGGUAAGUCUGGACUUUUCACAUUGAAUUCUCUGCCACUCUAGAUAUAUACUGCAUCCUAAACUUCUAUUAUUAGAAUCCAAUAUUUAAUAGGUUACUGUAAAAACAUAUCAUUGGUUCAUAUUACAAAAGUGAUUACAUUCUUUUUUUACAUUCUGUUGGUACCACAAUGUACAUUUUCUCAUGCAAUUGACCGAAAGCAGUACAAGGACAGCCAUUAGAUAAAUACUCAGAGAGUAGAAUGUAUCUAUUAAUUUGUAAAUCCAGUAUUACCGCUAAAGUGAGGUAAGUCCAAUGGCAGCUUGGUGAGAAAACUUAGAUUCCAUUCCAAACAUAUAUCAAAAACAAAAAAAACCCACACAAAUAAACUUCAUUCAUUCAUGCAGUAUACAUGUUUAUGAGGAUCCAAUGUUUAACCAAUUCUACACGGUUGUCCUUCUAAGUGACAUUCCGCACUCAAAAAUUCAGUGGAGUAAUCAGUUGUGUCUGUAAGAUCUUGAUUUUGCUGCUUCAUGCAUACCUCACACUUUCCCUUUUCUUUGUUAGAAACGUGUCCUGUUUCUGACCAGUGAUUAUUUCUACACAGAUAUCAGUGACACCCCAUUCAGGUAAAGGACAACAGAUUGCGUUCUUGCUGUGAUGACCAUGAUUACUACAUACAGGAGUGUCUUAGAUUUCUGUUUGUUUUCUAGCUUAAUGAGUUGUAUAGGAAUAUUCUGCUUAACCGAAUAGGUAUAGUCUGUUUCUGCAAUUUCAAGAUGAAAAGCUCUACCUGCUGACUGCUUCUUAAAGCCUUUAGCCAUAUAAAAGCCACUUGAAAAUGGCGUGGUACAUAAUAUGGACAAAACCAGUAAGAAACUAAGUACCCUGGCUCUCAGCUUUCAUGCAUUUAAAAAAAAAAAAAAAGAAGACACCCGUUUUGUAUAUUUAAUGAUUGUAAAAAGAGAAACAUAAGUUAAACAAAUAAAAAGCUCCCCACAAAACAGAGCUCUUUAUCCCCUGAAGUGGUCUUUCAUUUUAAAAGCUAUACCACCAGAACUAUUUUUAGUAUCACAAGUCUUUUGUUAGACUGUUGUUUGCCCAUAAGUCUAAACAUUAUUCUAACUCUUAAUACUGCUUGACACUCGAUUAAUAAUUAAUUUAGUUCACUGACUUGUUGGUUUGGAAUAUGAGCUGCCGUUCUCAUUAUCUAUCAGUUUAAAUAAGUAUAUGAAAUGUGCAUAAUAAUCUUAUUAGCUAAGAAAAUUUGGAAAGAUGUAUUCUAAGACAUACAUUUCAUGUGCCCCAAGCUAUAAUGCAUAAACACACUCCCCCAUAAGCUAAAUUUUAUAAACAAAAAAUAAAACAAAAACAAAAUAGACUGCGUGGAUGGGGCAUAGUUAAGUCAGCACUACAUAGAUUGAAUGGGUUGAGUUUGCAUCCAUAAGGACACACCCCUGCAGUGACCUAAGUAGUUUACUCUUUAUAAAACUUUUUAUUACACCUUUUUUCAUGCUUCAAGUGAUUAACUUGGUUUCUUUCAAACACAACUGCUAUGAUGGGUGGAAGUAUAGACGGAUGUCUGUAUUUUAUUUUCAGCCUUGGUGUUGUGUUGUCUCGAGGACAUGGGGAAUAUAUCCUUAUUGGAAACACAUCCAUGGAAGAAGGUAAGCACAACAUAUAUAACAAUAGUUAUACAGUUAUAUAUUACAUAACAAUAGUUAUAUCAAGUUUGUUGAGGAGGAUUCUGUGGAGGAUGGAUGUGCUAUAUAACCAAAGCUUCUAAUUUCUGCUAUGUUGUGCCUUUUAGUUUUAGUGUAGUUCUUUAUAGUUUUUAUACUUUUUAAAAAAAGGUAUUUUUCUGGCAAUAUAGUUCCCUAUAGCUAAACACCCCUUCUGUCAUGAUGUGCUUCGGUGCUGGUUCAGAAUCCGCCACCGCUCUUCCUCUUCCGAUGUGUCAGCCGGCAAGGUAUUGUAUAAUGAUCUCCUAUGCAGUUUUGCAUGAUACUGGAUUUCCUCAUGCAUUGCGUGAGGAUGUCCAAAGUCAGUUAGGCAACCAAAAGUCGCCCAUAUCGACCAGAAAAUGCCUCUAUAGGCUGUUUUGUAGAAAGUCCUUAGAGGUGGAGUUAACCCUCAAAGGUAAUUAUUGCAGUUUUUUUAAACUGCAAUAAUUACUUUUGCAGAGUUAAGGGACACUGCCCUUAGACACCUUUAAUGAGCUGAAGUGGUCUGAGUGCAUAUAGUCAGUGGCAUACUAAGGGGAGGGGGGCGCUCCCCCCAUGUGCCACGCACUAGGGUGGUGCCAUGACCAGGAAAACCUUAGGAUAUGUGAGCUUUGCGCAGGGACAGGUUGCCAUGGCAGCUGCACAGCUCACACACGCAGGAGCAUGCAGCUGCAGAACUUCAAAACCGUCGCAUGUAAGAAAAAUGGGGCGGAGCUAAUCUGCUGUGGGGCGGAGCUAAACACGGCCUCCAGCCACUGCUGUUACUGCUGCACAUCAUAGAAACAUAGAAACAUAGAAUGUGACGGCAGAUAAGAACCAUUCGGCCCAUCUAGUCUGCCCAAUUUUCUAAAUACUUUCAUUAGUCCCUAGCCUUAUCUUAUAGUUAGGAUAGCCUUAUGCCUAUCCCACGCAUGCUUAAACUCCUUUACUGUGUUAACCUCUACCACUUCAGCUGGAAGGCUAUUCCAUGCAUCCACUACCCUCUCAGUAAAGUAAUACUUCCUGAUAUUAUUUUUAAACCUUUGUCCCUCUAAUUUAAGACUAUGUCCUCUUGUUGUGGUAGUUUUCUUCUUUUAAAUAUAGUCUCCUCCUUUACUGUGUUGAUUCCCUUUAUAUAUUUAAAUGUUUCUAUCAUAUCCCCCCUGUCUCGUCUUUCCUCCAAGCUAUACAUGUUAAGAUCCAUUAAGUUUUAUCCCGCAAUCCAUGAACCAGUUUAGUAGCCCUUCUCUGAACCCUCUCUAAAGUAUCAAUAUCCUUCUGAAGAUACGGUCUCCAGUACUGUGUACAAUACUCCAAGUGAGGUCUCACCAGUGUUCUGUACAAUGGCAUGAGCACUUCCCUCUUUCUACUGCUAAUACCUCUCCCUAUACAACCAAGCAUUCUGCUGGCAUUUCCUGCUGCUCUAUUACAUUGUCUGCCUACCUUUAAGUCAUCAGAAAUAAUCACCCCUAAAUCCCUUUCCUCAGAUGUUGAGGUUGGGACUCUAUCAAAUAUUCUGUACUCUGCCCUUGGGUUUUUAUGUCCAAGAUGCAUUAUCUUGCACUUAUCCACAUUAAAUGUCAGUUGCCACAAUUCUGACCAUUUUUCUAGUUUACCUAAAUCAUUUGCCAUUUGACUUAUCCCUCCUGGAACAUCAACCCUGUUACAUAUCUUAGUAUGAUCAGCAAAAAGACAUACCUUACCAUCAAGACCUUCUGCAAUAUCACUAAUAAAAAUAUUAAAGAGAAUAGGUCCAAGUACAGAUCCCUGAGGUACCCCACUGGUGACAAGUGCAAGCUUCGAAUAUAUUCCAUUAACUACAACCCUCUGUUGCCUGUCACUCAGCCACUGCCUUACCCUUUCAACAAUAUUGGAAUCCAAACUUAAAGAUUGCAGUUUAUUGAUAAGCCUUCUAUGUGCAACAGUGUCAAAAGCCUUACUGAAAUCUAGGUAAGCAAUGUCUACUGCACCACCCUGAUCUAUAAUUUUAGUUACCCAAUCAAAAAAAUCAAUAAGAUUAGUUUGGCAUGAUCUCCCUGAAGUAAACCCAUGUUGUCUCUGAUCUUGAAAUCCAUGUGUUUUUAGAUGUUCAUCAAUCCUAUCCUUUAACAUGGUUUCCAUCACUUUUCCCACUACUGAAGUAAGGCUUACUGGCCUAUAGUUGCCUGACUCCUCCCUAUUACCUUUCUUGUAAAUGGGCACAACAUUCGCUAACUUCCAAUCUUCUGGGACUACUCCUGUUAACAAUGAUUGGUUAAAUAAACCUGUUAAUGGUUUUGCUAGUUUACCACUAAGCUCUUUUAAUAGCUUUGGGUGUAUUCCAUCAGGUCCCAUUGACUUAUUUGUCUUUACUUUUGAUAGUUGAAAUAGAACCUCUUCCUCUGUAAACUCACGUGUAAUAAAUGACUCAUUUAUCCUUUUUCUCAACUGAGGUCCCUUUCCUUCAUUUUCUUCUGUAAAUACAGAACAAAAAUAUUCAUUGAGGCAGUCAGCCUGACCUUUAUCCUCUUCUACAUACCUUCCUUCUUUUGUUUUUAAUCUAACUAAUCCUUGUUUUACUUUUCUUUUCUCAUUUAUGUAUCUAAAAAAUGUUUUAUCCCCCUUUUUUACUGACUGUGCUAUUUUCUCUUCUGUGUGUGAUUUGGAAGCUCUUAUAACUUGCUUAGCCUCUUUCUGCCUAAUCUUAUAGAUCAUUUUGUCUUCCUCACUCUGGUUUUUUUAUAAUUCCUAAAUGCUAACUUUUUGUUUUUAACUAUUUUGGCCACAUCUGCGGAGUACCACAAUGGUUUCUUGAAUUUUUUGCUUUUACUGACAAGCCUAAUGCAAUUUUCUGUUGCAUUCAAUAGUGCAGCUUUUAAAUAAUCCAUUUCUCUUGGACUCCAUUUGAAUUGCUCCAGUCUGAUAAUGACUCUUCUACACAUAUUCUAAUUUUAGAAAAGUCUGUUUUUCUAAAGUCUAAAACUUUUGUUUUUGUGUGGUGUGACUCAGUCACUGUUCUUAUAUUAAACCACACUGACUGAUGAUCACUGGAUCCUAAACUUUCAUCUACAGUAAUAUCUGAUACCAAAUCUCCAUUUGUUAACACUAAAUCUAGUAUGGCCUCUUUACGAGUUGGCUCCUCAACAACUUGUUUUAGAGACAAUCCCAGUAGGGAGUUUAGAAUAUGUGUGCUCCUGGCACAAGUAGCUAAUUUUGUUUUCCAAUUUACAUCAGGAAGAUUAAAGUAACCCAUGAUGAUAACUUCCCUCUUCAUUGUCAUUUUAGCUAUUUCCUCAACUAGUAGAUUAUCUAACUCUUCGAUUUGUCCUGGGGGCAUAUAAAUCACACCUACACGAGUUACUGUGUGAUUACCAAAUUCUAACGUAACCCAAACAGACUCUAUGUGUGCCUCACUAACUUUUAUUAGGCUAGAUUUUAUGCUAUCCUUCACAUACAGGGCCACCACUCCCCCUUUCUUGCCUUCCCUAUCUUUUCUAUAUAAAAAGUACCCUGGUAUUGCUAUGUCCCAGUCAUUUUUCUCAUUAUACCAUGUCUCAGUAACAGCGACUAAAUCUACACUAUCAGUUGCCAUUAUUGCCACAAGUUCAUGGAUAUUUUUUACCUAAACUGCGAGCAUUUGUAGACAUGACUCUAAGCUUAUCAUUUUUUAACACACUUGCUACAGGCACCUUCAGUCCUUGUUUUGGGGGACAAUUGGAUUGAUGUUUUAUCACCCUUUUGCCCCCCCCUCCUAGUUUAAAUACAUCCUAGUAAAACCUCUGAACUGCUCACUGAGAACAUUUGUUCCCUUUUGAGAAAGAUGCAAACCAUCUUUUUUGUACAGCUUAUUUCCAUUCCAAACAGAGCUUCCAUGAGAAAUAAAGCCAAAUCCUUGCUCCCGACACAAUUCACCAAGCCACAAAUUAAAGUCCUUAAUACGCAUCCACCUGUCAUUCUGAGUGUUAUGCACAGGCAGAACUUCAGAGAAUGACAGUGUGGAAGCAACCUGCCAUAUAUCAUUGGCAAAAACACUAAAAACUUCCUUAACCUCUGAAACCUCAUUGCAAGCCAAGUCAUUUGCCCCUAGAAGGACAAGUACAUCCAAUUCCCCUUCCUGCUUUGCUUGCUUAACAAUAUUACAGAUACGUCUCCUGUCUCUGUGAGCAGUAGCUCCGGGAAGACACCUCACAAGACCACCAUUGUCCAUCUCCACACCUCUUAUGAUGGAAUCCCCCAACAACAACUGCUUUCUAUUAGGCCUCACCAUAGUCUCCAAGCCGGUCUCCACAACACCACUAGCCUCUGUGCCUCUCUCCACAACACCACUAGCCUCAGUGCCUCUCUCCACAAAACUACUAGCCUCAGUGCCUCUCUCCACAAAACCACUAGCCUCAGUGCAUCUCUGCACAACACCACAACAGGGACUUCAGGUAAUCUACUCCUCCAGCCCAUAAUGUCUGUAAGUAAGAGAGUGUGUGUGUGUGUGUACCUGUUACUCUGUGUGUGUGUGAGACUGCCUACCUAUAACUGUGUUUGUGUGACUGCCUGUGAAUCUGUGUGUGACUGUCUGCCUGUAACGGUGUCUGUGUGACUGCCUGUGAAUCUGGGUGUGUGAGAUUGUCUUCCUGUGAUUGUGUGUGAAUGCCUGCAUGUACAUGUGUAUGUGUGUGAGUGUCUGCCUGUGACUGUGUGUGUGACUGUCUUCAUGUGACUGUGUGUGACUGUGUGCAUGUGACUGUCUGCCUGUAAUUGUAUGCGUGACUGUCUGUAACUGUUUGUGUAACUGCCUGUAACUGUGUGUGUGUGACUGUGUGUGAGUGACUAUCUGCCUGGGACUGGACUCUGAAGACUGUUGCUAAUAUUGUUGUGUAAAAGAAAUGAAUUCUAUUGUAAGGGGCUGAGCAGGGGCUUUAGAGGGUGGGGCAGUUUUUUUUGGGAAGGGGGUGCAGGAGAUUUAAGGAAGGGAGUGCAGGGGUUUGUUGAAGGGGAACAGGGAUUUUGAAGAAGUAGAGCUGAGCAGGGGAUUUUUGGAAGGGGGUGGAGGGGUUUUGUAGAACUGGGGCAGGAGAGGGGUUUUGAAGAAGGGGACAGGACAGGGUUUUUUUUUCAAAAUUUACACAUCUGUGCAAUUGUUAAAAAUGAAAACACUUUUUUUACAUUUUAAAGUGUGGGGGUGGUGGGGAGGUGCCAAACACAGGAUCUGCCCGGGUGCCAAAUGCUCUAGGUACGCCCCUGCUUAUAGUGUCCCUUUAAGCAGACAAUGAGUGGUCACCACACAGAAAAGGUAGUAUCUGGAGAUGGUAACAUUGUGAUUUGCAUUUUCGUUGGAGGUUUUACUGUUACUAUUCAAGUGUAAUGAAUGUCAUCCUGGCGCAUUGCAGUUAGAACAAUGUUAAAACAAAAUGAUAAGCUGUGACAGUACUGCUAGUAUUUUAUUCAUUCCAUCAGUAACCUAGUUUCUGGGUCUCUUUCAGGACUGCACGAUCUACUUCACCCAGACCUUACACUGGCCAAUGAGUGGUGAGUCGAGACUGAGUAUCACAUGCUAGGCCACGCUCAAUAACUCUGUAAAUCACUCUGAUCUCCUGAUGUAUAAUUGCAAAAUUAUAGCUGAUCAGCCUUCAAGCUUUAUUAGCAGACCUAUCAUUUCUCUUAAUGUAAUAAUCAUUAGGAAUCAUUUCAUUCUCACAGGAUGUGAAUGCUAAUGAUUUUGGCCAAUAUGUAAUUGUGUGCAGAUCCAGGGCAGACGUGAUAGAUUCAUUUGUGUCUUCAAAUAAUAGUAAUAUUUCUAGCUAUUAUUAUUCCCUUUCGUAAGGAAUACAGUGAGGGGGAAAAGUAUUUGAUCCCCUGCAGAUUUGGAACGUUUUCCCACUGACAAAGAAAUGAUCAGUCUAUAAUUUUAAUGGUAGGUGUAUUUAAACAGUGAGAGACCGAAUAACCCCCCCCCCCACCAAAAAAAGUUUUACAUUGAUUUGCAUGUCAAUGAGUGAAAUAAGUAUUUGACCCCUUCGACUUAGUACUUAGAAAAGGCUGCUGCUUUCAAACAGCACUGAGGGUCCUCACAGGCAGUGUGGGGCCAGUGGCAGACUUAGAAGAGUGGCUUACAUAGAAACAUAGAAUGUGACAGCAGAUAAGAACCAUUCGGCCCAUUUAGUCUGCCCAAUUUUCUAAAUACUUUCAUUAGUCCCUGGCCUUAUCUUAUAUCUAGGAAAGCCUUAUGCCUAUCCCACGCUUUCUUAAACUCCUUUACUGUGUUAACCUCUACCACUUCAGCUGGAAAGCUAUUCCAUGCAUCCACUACCCUCUCAGUAAAGUAAUACUUCCUGAUAUUAUUUCUAAACCUUUGUCCCUCUAAUUUAAGACUAUAUCCUCUUGUUGUGGUAGUUUUUCUUCUUUUAAAUAUAGUCUCCUCCUUUACUGUGUUGAUUCCCUUUAUAUAUUUAAAUGUUUCUAUCAUAUCCUCCCUGUCUCGUCUUUCCUCCAAGCUAUACAUGUUAAGAUCCAUUGUUUUAUCCCGCAAUCCAUGAACCAGUUUAGUAGCCCUUCUCUGAACCCUCUCUAAGAUAUCAAUAUCCUUCUGAAGAUACGGUCUCCAGUACUGUGUAUAAUACUCCAAGUGAGGUCUCACCAGUGUUCUGUACAAUGGCAUGAGCACUUCCCUCUUUCUACUGCUAAUACCUCUCCCUAUACAACCAAGCAUUCUGCUAGCAUUUCUUGCUGCUCUAUUACAUUGUCUGCCUACCUUUAAUGUCUACUUGCCAGUUGAUAGUGGGCUAGUGGAACAUUUUGAGCCCUGGAUUAAAACAUUUCUUGAAUGCUCUCAAAAGUGUAAAAUUAUUCAUAUAUGAAUCUGCUCCCUGGACAUUGAGAUCAUCACGUUUGCCGAAGAGGAUUCGUGAAAUAUUAUAUAUAUAUUUUUUUUACUCUUCGGUCAUAGUUAUAAAUAAUACAGACAGGUUGUGAUGAGGAAAACUAUUUCAUGUUACAUCUUAUUACAGAUCUUAUAUAUAUUUUGCGUAGACUCUAUCCUGGUUAAUUAUUGUUAAAACACACACUCCUCCAGUCAGAACCUAUUAAUGCAAGUGUGUGAUACUGCUAGUUGUUCCCAUUGUCAUGUAAUUGACUGGAUUCUCUUCUCUAGGAUAUAUUGUAUCACAGAUAUUGACCCUGAUCAUCGGAAGCUCAACCAGUUGCAGGCUGUAACACGAUUCCUGAUGGGAGAAGACCCAGACUUGGAAUGUGAGUGUAGCAAGCAGUUACUAGCAGUGUCCCUGCCUCACGUUGGUUAUUCCACUGUUCCUGCCACACAUCCGCUGGGUUUCUCUUCCACGUAUCCACUAUUCAUCUGUGUCUCUGCCACAAAAUGUCUACUGCUUUGUGUCCUUUCCUCCAUUUGCCACACCUGUUUCCCUGCCACAACACCUCUACGGUUGUGUAUCAUAGUGGAAUGUGGAAUGUGGAAGACCAUCAUAUAAUAUGAGUUGUGAGGCACAAAUAUCAUAUAGUCUCUUUGGAACUGAGAUAAGAAUGCUGAUGUCCAAUCUCUUUUUGUAGGUGAUGAGGAGCUGGUGCAGGAAGUCCUGUUUGAUGCUGUGGUCACGGCUCCAUUAGAAGCUUACUGGACACAGUUAGCCCUUAAUAUGUCAGGGUAAGUAACCCCAUUUAUAUCAUAUGCAAAGAUUCAGCUCUUUCAGUUCAUUAAAUACUGGAUUAUGUGUCUACAAAAAGGUGAUGGAGAGAUUAUUGAGAAAGUGUUGACAAUGGCUUCAGUGCUCGACUGUUAUUUUGUAUUUUGAGACAAGCUGUUAUAAACUGUCUAUUUUGAAAUUUUGGAAAUACUGUCAAAUUUGGUAAAUGAGUAAUUGAUUAUUCUUGAGAUAGUAUAGUUACGGUUAAGAGUGGCAAAAGGAGUAAUGGUCUUAAAUCGGGCAUACUACAUCUGGUAGUGAUAGACAAAUAUCAUUCUUCUUAGAGUCUCCUAUGAAGCCAUCUUUUCUGUCAGAACACAGAGCCAAAUUAAUUUUGUGGGUCUUAGGCAGGUGACCACCUUUUCUCAAUUCCCUCAUGCCUCACAUACUGCCAUUAAAUAUUCAACAAACAUGGGGGGUCAGCAUCCAACUUCAUAGCACCAUAAACAAUACAAUUAGCUGCAGUGCUUAUGGUGCUUAGAGUUUCUCUUUAAGAAAUGUCACAGACGAUUCCGCAGUAAUCUGAUAUGGAUAGCAAAAUCAUAGUUGCAGUGGCAUUUGAAUGAAGCAAUGUUUUAUGGUUGUGAUAUUAGUGAUGCAGACAAUCAUCUUUUUUAUUUGUGUUGCCCCCGAUGGUGUAAUAGAGAGAUAUUUUCAAACUCCAUGAAUUGAGUUCCUGUGUUUAUGAACGUAAGGCCACAAUAACUGGAGGUCAAAAGUUUCUACAUUGUUGUUUCAUUAUGUUUGUUGUUUUUUUACAGCCAAGUAGAAGGGGUAGAGAUUGCUUUCCUGGGAACACGGGCUGGACUGAUGAGGAAAACUUUUUUUGUAGGAACUGAGCAACUCUCCAAUAAGUAAGUGCAUUUUGCCAAUACAAGAAUUCUGGUUUUCUAGAUGAUACUAUAGGAUGUAAUUCAGAAGCAAAUACUAUAAUUCAGUUACAGAUUUGCAGAUUUCUGAAUUUAAUUAAAAGUAAGCUAUCAUUAACCAAAAAUAAUUGACACCUGGUAACAAUAAACAUAUAUCAGGUUUUUUUAAAUUUAAUAAUAGUGCAACACAGACAGAAAAUAGUUGAAAAAAAUAUUUGGCUGGGGCGGAGCCUGACUGCGAAGCAGCCGCGGGCGCCAUGAGCUCCUGCAUGACGGGCACCAAACGAGACCAUAACAGCAGCCAUGAAAUCGGGAGACACAACUGGGUGCACUACCCUUAUUGGGGAGGCACCACCGAAGCGGCAGACACAAUCCCGAAGCCCAUCGGCCACAGGGGCACUGGAAACCAUAUGCGGCCUACUGGUGUUAAAGCUGGGGCGAGACGGCCGCUCUCCCCAGCCCAGAAGACACCAAGCAGCCACAACAGCACCCUACUCCCCGCCCCCCACCCUUGGACCAGAGGGAUCCCAUUCCCCAAGGGGAAAGCACACUGCGGCAGAUGGCAAAUUCACCAGCCUUACCGCCCGCGGGGAAGAUGCGCCACCAAGGCCCGACCAAGAUGGCGGAUCGGAGGCAACCAGAUCCUAAAAUUACACACAAACCCAGACCAACGACAGGGCCCCUGGAGGCUUUUUAUAAGUAAUGUAGGAGUUUCUGGGCUCUACUCUGUCAUCGGGGGCUAACCCACGGUCAAGCAGUGAAAACAGUGGCCCCCUGGAUCUGUCCUGCGACCCGGCGCCGACACUAUGGGCCCUGCCACGAGCUCCAAGAGCAUCCACCCAGCAACUCAACCGCCAGCAUCCAAUAAAGCGGACGGGGGUGCUGCUCCAAAACAGAACCGUCAGUACAUCCAACCUGCCUACCACCCAGCUGUUCCUGCGAACCUCGACCAACAAGACGCCGCCCUGCGCUUGAGACCUCACAAAGCCUACUGUAACGCUGACCUAGUCGCGGCAAGACUGCUCAACGACUGGCGGAACCGGCGAAGAGUCCAACCACGACCCACCGGAGAAGGAACCCCGAGGGGGCACCAACCUUGCCACGCGGAUGAUUCCAGCACCCGAGAGACUCACACACAGUGCCAGCAGCUCAGCAGAGCAGGCAUCGGGUGAGCACUGAUGAAUCUACACACAGAGGCCUAGACUCUGCUUCCAAGCACCGGACGGGGCUCCUGAGCAGCAGUACAUUACAGACACUCAGGGCACCGAGUUAUAUUGCCCUACUGACUCUCUCUGUCUCAUCCCUUCUGCAGCUAUCUAAGCAGAGACGGGCGAUCUCCACAGAACUCUCGUUAUACGUAUAGCUCUAAUGUUUUUGCUAGUUGCAAGUACUCCUAAUCUAUGCUUGAUAUUAAUAUGUUUUCACAUACCCACUAGCUUGCCCCUAGACAGCAUGCAACUGGCGGGGACACAUAACGUAGCCUGCUCAUAUGCUUUGCCCUAAUUUAAGGUUGCCACAUCAGGCUUCAGGCGACUUACAUAGUCAGGCAACGGAGGUUCACUCCCACAUGAGACACACCACUGCGGGAAUCACCUGCUUGGUACAGGAUAAAUGUUUUCUCCUGAAAAUUCAAUGCCACGCAACCUCCACCUCAAGCACACCACCUAAUGCCAAACACAUGACUAGCCUAGUUUUUACGUUCACACACUACCACUGAAUCAUAGCCUGCUACUCUGCUAACUAUAUAUCAAAAUAGGAUGUGUUUCGUACAAACUAGCAUACCUCCCUAUAAUGUUGAAGCAUGCUAUUCCUACCACUCAAAUAUAGAAUUUGUGCAAGUAUCUAAGUAUACCCCAUUGUUACAAUUGUUUCCGCAAAAGCACAAGGAAUGCCUUCGGGGUACCUCGCGCAUGUCUUUUAACUUGAAAUGCACUGCAAAAAAAACUAAUUUAAAAUUAUAUAUAUACAUAUAUAUUUGGAAGGGAUUAAAAGAGACAACCAGCUCCCUCCUGGUUAUUUAUUUAUUACUGUUUUUCCAGUCAAUGAAUAAGACUCCACAGGCUAAUCCCCUAAAACAUCAAUUCGUUAGAACUUAGAUUAAAAGGAAUUUGAUUUGUUUGACCCACCAAAAACACAUUUGCUUUUGACCACUUUGUAGAACAGAACACUGGUAAAUCAUCCUCAAUGUCAUCUUACUAAAAAGCAUCCUUAUGACGAGACCACCACCUGGUGGUAGGAAAUAGACGAUACGCUAACUCUGUAAUGGUUUUAGAGACAACUGUUAGACUUGCAGAGGUUAUUUACUAAAGUAUGAAAUGUUUUCAGUUUGGCCUGAAAUUAAACAAAAUAACCUUUCAUUCAUAUUGAGUUAAACCUUAAGUGAUUAAUUUUGAGAGUUGCACAUACUUCUUAAUGAACUUUCUCUAAUUUCAACUUGAUAAAUUAGACAUAGACAUCUCCAAUUUUAUUGAAUCUGUAUACAUGUGUUGAUUCUAAAGGUCAGUAGUUUAACCUAACCAGUAAAUGUUCAUGUUUGCAUCACUUUUAGAUUUUUUGUAAAGGCCCAUUUUAUAAAAUGCCUGUGGACUGCUGGCCUGUCAUAUACACAUAUAAUGUUACAGUUCAGAUGGGUUCUGUGUGCAUAAUAUAAUUAAUCUGUUAUCUUCAAAAAGCUAGAUUAUUUCCCCUGCAUGUCAUAUUUUAUAUCAAGAUAAAUAAUGAAUGGUGGCUAAAACUGUUGCAAAAAAAUGUUAAAUUGGUGAAAAUAGAGCAUUAGUCAUAUUUGUACUUCUUGUGUAAUUUAAGAUACGUACGUAUGAUCCCUUGCUGACCCCCUUGCUGUACACGUCUGUCAAGGAUAAAGGCCACUUGGCAUUAUUCCCCCCGUACAGUAUGUAGAAAGUGAGCUGAAAACAAAAUCUCAAAAACUUAAAUUUUGCAGCUCCAUUACUCGGGUGCUGUAGAUGGCUUUUACAUUUGGUUUUACCAGGAUUGCCUCUAUAUACACAGAGUAUACUUUAUACAGAUAAAGAUUUAAGUUAUUUUAAAUAUGUGUGCUCAGUUUAUAGAUAACAUUGUGCAAGAGACAUUUAGAUUGGUUUAGACAAUGUGUCCACAGCUAAACAAGGUUAUGUUCCUUUGUAGGAAGUUCCUGCAUUAUGAGGAGAAGGAGAGUAUUUUUACCAUGGAUCAUUUUCCUCUGUGGUACAGACGGGCUGCAGAGCAUCCUGCUGGGAGUUUUGUCUUCCAUGUUCCAACAGAUGACAACCCAGGUAAUGGGGCACUAUUUAGCUGUGCUGCUAAAGCAUCUGAUAUUAAAGACCUGAAGCAACUAGAGAAUUGUACAACGUUUCAGGAAAGACUAAUGUAAAAUGUCAAUUUAAAACAGUUAGGCACAGAACAAACAUUAUAUACAUAUAUAUUAUAGUAUAGUACAUUUUACUAAUAUAGAAAGACUUGUUUUCCUCUGUUAUAAUAAAGAAUACAUUGGGCCUUCUUAGAACAUUGAAUCUUAGAACAUUGAAUCUUAGAACCUUAAUUUUCUCUUCUUGAGAACGGUGUAAAAGAUGAUGUUGACUAGAGAUAAAGGAUGGUGUUCAUUAUGUUAGCAAGAAAACCCCCAACUACAUAGUAACAUGUGUUCCCACGCUAUACACGAAUUGGCUAGGCUCGCAGAAAUGUGAAGCUAACCCAAAACGUGUUGCUAGAACACAGCUUAACAACAUUGUGUGAAUUAUGUGAAUAGUUUAUAUCUUUCUCAACAAGAAUCUAGAACAGAAAUACACCCACAAUCUAUAUGUUAUUGGAACAGAAGUUAACCAACAAUCCAUAUGCUUCUAAAACAAAACAAUGUCUAAAACUGUUACCAGAAGAGAUCCUUUGCCAGAAUUGUAUGUUAAUAGAAGAGAACCAUUCUAAUGAUACAGAUACUACUACAACACAAUCAGAUUCUACAUGUUACCAAAACAAUCCCAACAAUAAAUGUAGUCAACAGAAGUGCACCACUACUAGAACAGAGUUGUUAGAACAGAUCCAAACGAAGAACUUGUCUAUUAAUAGAACAGAAGCCCACCCAGAGUCUCUUAGAAGAACAGCACCGGAUCCAGAAUCGGUUUGUUACGGGAAUAGACACCAAAUCUGUAUUAUAUAACAACUAUAACAAACAAGUCUAGAAUAUGUAUUCGAGAACAGAUCGAUAUCUAGAAAGCACAGAACAUUAAAACUAAACUGUAACAAAAACAGACAGAGCUAUGUCAAGAAUAUAUUAUUUAAUAAUAUAAUUAUUUACUUAAACAGAACAAUGCAAUACUUUAUAGGGAAUGACAGUAGAAAAUGCCAUGAAUCUCUUACAAGAACAAAACAUGUCAAUACUGGGAGCCGGAGCCCAAAAUAAAGAAAAUUGUAUAUUCUGGAUUUGGUGAAAAUGGCUGUGGACAGAUCCAAACAUAGCAUAGGAGCUAGGUGAUCAAAGGGAAAAAAAAAUUAAUCAGGUUGGUGAAUAAGAGUUUAGAUUACAUUAGCUUAGGGCAUUGUAGGAUCACAGAGAUGGGCUGUCACAUACACUGAACAAAAUUAUAAACACAACACUUUUGUUUUUGCCCCCAUUUUUCAUGAGCUGAACUCAAAGAUCUAAGUCUAUCUUUUUAUAUGUACACAAAAAAGCCUGUUUCUCUUAAAUAUUGUUCACAAAUCUGUCUAAAUCUGUGUUAGUGAGCACUUCUCCUUUGCCAAGACAAUCCAUCCACCUCACAGAAGUGGCAUAUCAAGAUUAGACAGCAUGAUUAUUGCACAGGUGUGCCUUAGGCUGGCCACAAUAAAAGGCCACUCUAAAAUGUGCAGUUUUACUGUAUUGGGAAGAUUCGGGGGGGGGGGUCCGAAAACCAGUCAGUAUCUGAUGUGACCACCAUUUGCCUCACACAGUGCAACACAUUUCCUUCGCAUAGAGUUGAUCAGGUUGUUGAUUGUGGCCUGUGGAAUGUUGGUCCACUCCUCUUCAAUGGCUGUGCGAAGUUUCUGUUUAUUGGCAGGACCUGGAACACGCUGUCGUAUACGCAGAUCCAGAGCAUCCCAAACAUGCUCAAUGGGUGAUAUGUCUGGUGAGUAUGCUGGCCAUGCAAGAACUGGGAUGUUUUCAGAUUCCAGGAAUUGUGUACAGAUCCUUGCAACAUGGGGCCGUGCAUUGUCAUGCUGCAACAUGAGGUGAUGGUCGUAGAGCUAUGGCACAAUAAUGGACCUCAGGAUCUCGUCACGGAAUCUCUGUGCAUUAAAAAUGCCUUCAAUAAAAUGCACCUGUGUUCAUUGUGCAUAACAUACGCCUGCCCUUACCAUAACCCCACCGCCACCAUGGGCCACUCGAUCCACAACAUUGACAUCAGCAAACCACUCACCCACAUGACGCCAUACAUGCUGUCUGCCAUCUGCCCUGUACAGUGAAAACCGUGAUUCAUCCGUGAAGAUAACCUCUCCAAAAUGCCAGACACCAUUGAAUGUGAGCAUUUGCCCACUCAAGUCGGUUACGACGACGAACUACAGUCAGGUUGAGACCCCAAUGAGGACGACGAGCAUGCAUAUGAGCUUCCGUGAGACGGUUUCUGACAGUUUGUGUAGAAAUUCUUUGGUUAUGCAAACCGAUUGUUGCAGCAGCUGUCCGGGUGGCUGGUCUCAGUUGAUCUUGGAGGUGAAGAUGCUGCAUGUGGAGGUCCUGGGCUGGUGUGGUUACACGUGGUCUAUGGUUAUGAGUCCUGUUGGAUGUACUGCCAAAUUCUCUGAAACGCCUUUUGAGACGGCUUAUGGUAGAUAAAUGAACAUUCAAUUCACGGGCAACAGCUCUGGUGGACAUUCCUGCUGUCAGCAUGCCAAUUGCACGCUCCCUCAAAACUUGCAACAUUAAAACUGCACAUUUUAGAGAGGCCUUUUAUUGUGGCCAGCCUAAGGCACACCUGUGCAAUAAUCAUGCUGUCUAAUCAGCAUCUUGAUAUGCCACACCUGUGAGUUGGAUAGAUUAUCUCGGCAAAGGAGAAGUGCUCACUAACACAGAAUUAGACAGAUUUGUGAACAAUAUUUGAGAGAAAUAGGCCUUUUGUGUACAUAGAAAAAGUCUUAGAUCUUUGAGUUCAGCUCACGAAAAAUAGGGGGCCAAAACAAAAGUGUUGCAUUUAUAAUAUUGUUCAGUGUAGAUACAGGAUACACUAGAAAAGUGUUAAGACAGCACUUUAAAGAUGCAGAAACCCUAAAUUACAAUCUGAACAGGGGAGCAGGAAUGUGCAUACAGGACUAAGCCUGGAGCGGAAGGACAAGGAUAACAAGUAAACAAAUUUAGCAAGUAAACCCUCAGCAAAAGAGCGGGAAGACAUGGCAAGAGCAUUAUAAAGGGUGAAAUCAGAGGAUAAAUAUGGAUACGUAUAACAGUACAGAACACAGGGGACUGGUGCUAAAUGUGCAACCAUAUAUGUGCACAAAAUGGCCUGCAUGUUUUAAUGACCAGGGAAUCAGUACACACGCACACUUCUGAGAGCUAUGAUAAAGAUAUGUGCAAGUCACUCACACUCGACAGUUUCACAACAUAUUUAAGACUUGUCAGUGUACCGAGAAUUUAUAGAACCAUCCAAGAGCCUACAUGUUGCUAGAACAUAAAUAUAGUCUGAAUCCAUGUGUUACCAGACCGGAUUCACACCGCAAUUCUCCAUAUACUUAUAUAUCACUAAAGAAGAUCUACCUGAACAGAACCACUCCAAGAAUCUCAAUUACUAGAAAAGACCCAUGUCUUGAAUCUGGAAUUUACCUCAGUCGCAUCCAGAAUCUUUAAGCUAUGUGAACAUAUUCAUAUCCAGGUCUUACAACUAGCUAGAACAUAUCCAGAAUAUAUUUUGCUGGCACGAACCAUAUCCUGAAAAGCAUGUUAGUAGAAUGGAGACAUAAAAUCUGUUGGAAGGAGGCUGUUUUUAUAAUGUGUUUAUUGAAUAUCAUUCCAGACUACAUUCUUAUUAUAACUUGUUAUACCCUUAAGCAUGGAAAUUCUCUCCACCAAGUCCUGUUGCAAAGGAUAUUAUUUUUCUCAGCCUCCUACCUCCCUUCCAUCUUACAGAUCAUAAUCCCAGCGAGAACGACAUUGGUGAGCCCCCUCUCCAGCCAAGCAUCCCGGAUGAGCAGAUUCUUCAGGGUAUCUCUAGUAAUUCCACCUUGUUCACUCAACUGAAUGUCAUGCCUAUACAGGCAUUUUAGCCUGCCUGACAUAGCUAUGCCAUCUUCACUUCUCAAACCCCAAGUCCACUUUCCAAUGCCUCGCAUAACCCAUAAAUUCUAGAGAGAUGUGUUCCAUUCAUGCCACAGCCCAGCAAGCUGGUAUCAUGGCAUCCUGACAUGGGAACGCAUAGCAUCCUCACAUUCCUCCUUGUGGACAUCAUAGCUAUAUUCCUGCUCAUAUGUUAUCAUUCAUUCAUGUUGCACAUAGAGCGCAAGGAAUGCUUAUAAGCACUGGUUAAUACUCUGUUUUUUUUUAUUAGUAUUGAUUGAUAAUUGAUGGGGUUUCUUCCCAGAUUGCAGAUUGUUUCUGUUUUCCGACGCUGUUUAGAAUCACUAGCAAGCCAAAAUUGCUUGUGUUUUUUGUUUUGUUUUUUUAAUUACAUUUUUUAGUGAAUGCGGGUUCUGUGCCAUCAAGAACGUUUAUAUCUCAAAUGGGCUAUUGUUCCCUGUGGCAGCAGUCAUGCUGUCUGUAAGGACUCCUGGGAAAAAGCAAAAUCAGGAAAAAAGACAUUGAUGAAUUCAGGUCCAAUUCAAGAGUCCAUUCAUUGUCCUUUUUCUAAAUAGAUCCUAGAAUACAUAGCAUUGACAUAGAAAGCCAACCAUUGGCACCAGAAUGCCGUUUCCUGUGGUUAGUUAAAGUGUUUGCUUAGUGGAUGUAUUCCUAUGGAUUAAGUGAUUCCUUUGGAAACUUAUGUGUCCUGGCGGCUGGAUAAGGAGUAGUAAGGCAAAAAAUAGAAUUUUGAACAUGACAAUUAUAGUGGUAAUAAUUAUGGUAUGUUAUUAUUCAGGCUUUGCCAUGCAAGACACUGUAAAGCACAUUGCUGCUUCCUUACGGUAGAUGCAAUAUAAUAAUUCUAAAUUCUGUUAAAACAACUUUGUUGUUUGUGAGAUGAAACAAUAUAUUAAACACUUGAUUGAGCUGACUUUCUGACAGCCUAUUGAUCAAGGUUUGAAUGCGGCCGACUGAUUAAAGAUUUAUCGUAUUUGGAAAAACAAAUGUGUUUUGCUAAAUCUAAACUAAAAUGUGUCAAGCAAGGCUUGCUGAAAUGCUAAGUGCCAUAAAACUGUAAAUUUGUAACAUACUCAUUCUCCCGCUUGUUUUAAAAGCUUUCUUUACAGAGUAACACACAGCGGAUGGCUAAAUAAUGUUAUUUCAAGAAAGCGUGUUACCGUUUCAAUUUGGUUUAAUCGCAUGUCAAAGUAAGGAUAAGGGAUUUUUUCACGCUUGAUAUGUAAAAGCACGAUUUUAAGUUACCUUGAAGCCCUGCAAUGGUUUGAUUAUAACUUUUCCAGCUGAAAUUCCAACAGAAUUUCAGAAGAUGCCAUAACCUUCAAGUAGCUUAGAGAUCGUUAGUAAUUAUAUAGGAAUUGCGGUCAAAUAACUGGGGACUAUUGCAAGAUCUUGGUCAUGGAAAAAACACCAACAUAUAAUUUUAUUUCUUUGAUCCCCAAGUAUAUAUGAGGUUUAAAAUUAAAAUACCAUGUGAGGUAUAAGACAGUAUGCAAUACGUGCGUCUCUGAGACAAAUGUAAUUGUGAUUUAAAAGAAUCUAUAAUCAAAAGUUCAUUUUGACCCAUGACAAUUUGUCAUACACAGUCUGUGAAUUCUCAAGACAGAGAUUCACUAAAUUUAACUUUGGUGACUAGCAUAAUAUCUAAACUCAUCAUGUUUUGUCUACAUUUAAUAAAUAGAAUAAUGUGAUAUGUUCAUAUGCCCAGCCACUACCUCCAACAUGGGAUUAAUGUAGGGUGACUUGUCAAAUUGGGGAUUCACUGAACACUCACAGCUAGUUCUAUGGUGUUUCCCUGAGUUAAACACCUAAACGUUGUUUACAGUGUGAACAUGGAGCGUAAAAAUUGGAUUAAUCCGUUCUGCUGGAAGAAGUCCAAACAAAUAUAAACACAUGAAGCUUUAAAUGCAUGGUCUCACUUGGUCACAAAGCAGACCUGUCAUCUGAAACAGAAUUCACAUUAAUAAGCAAAGCAUUUAAAAAGUGUUACUUUCUUUUAAAAAAAAAUACCAAACUGUAUGAGGUAUUAAUAUUUUUUAAUUUAAUGUUUUAAAAGGUGUCCAAGCUUUGGUGUCAUUUGUUUAUGCCAGCCUUUCACUCGUUGAUUUACUGUAAUGUCAAAAUGAUCUCCAAAUAUUCACUGAGAAAAAAUGCAACUAUACAGAAAGUCAGGCAGGGUGAAAAAGACUCUAGACCCAAUGGUUGUGCAUCCUGCUGUGCACAGGGAGACAAACAUGGCAGCCUGUUCUUGAUUUCUAUUUUCCUUCUUGUGUCGCAUGACGAUACACUUUUUUUGGUGGUCCACUAUAGUCUAGCACUGAUAUUGCCCCAUGUGCAGCUCACCUAACAUGCAGGAAUAAUCCAUCCAUUGCUUCCUUACCAUGUAAUGAUAAGACAUGCUUCAUCCGAUGCAGCAAAGUCUCUAAUACAGUAUACUGCCAUUAUACUGUAUAGAGCAAACUCAGAUGCAGUGUCACAGAAAUAAUCUCUGAAUUCUUUUCUCCCUCCCUCACCUUUUGGGACCAGCUUGCAUCUACUACCUGCUGCUUCAUAUCACCUGCUAUGUUAUUUCCCAAUCUCUUUCUUUCCAGGAAUUAAAAUGCAGUUUUGGGAGGAGGGGGAGCGGCAUUAUUGUGGGAGUGACUUUUUUAUGUUCAAGCGGUACUCAAUAAAUAUUCUUCCAAGUAAAUGAGUUUUAUAUCAAUGCAAAGUCUGGUGACCAGCUGCCCUCCAUUUGAUGAUGGACUGCGACUCCCACAACUUUAAGCCAAUCUUUAUUUACUGAAGGGUGGUAUGUGUCAAAAUCUGUCCCCAUAUGGAGGCCGAGAGGUUAUCUCGCAGUUUAGUAAUUGGUUGUUGCAAAAAUGACUUUUCAUUUCUUAAAUUACUUAUCAUUGAAGCUGCAAUUUCAACCUCGUUAACAAGCAGUUCUCAUUAUAGCUGUCAUAUGCCUUUCAAGUAUUGGGACUUUCUUGGACUAAGGUUAGGCCCUAUUAAUUGUGGGGUGCUUUAGUAAACACAUUCUUUGGGGCUAUUAGUGGUAAAAUGUAGACUUUAAAAUACAUAAACAGAAAUCUAUUUCCACUUAAAAUACAGGUUUUAUGUCUUUUAUGGGAAAAAUAUGGGCAUUUGCCCACACCAUACAGCUGCAUUGUGCUAAGCCCAACAUUGCAUUAACAUCUCCUGUUCAUGGAUCUUAAUCUACUUUUAUACAUUCAAAAUUCUGUCUGCAUUUUUCAUUGUAUCCACUGGAGCUUAGCCAAUGUUCAUUGCCUUAAAGAAAAAUAUGAAAUUUAUUAGACACCAGUAUUUUUUUGCCACAAGAAAAACUAGAUGAGGAGAGAACUGUCCAACAAACCUGUGUGUGUCCCAAUCAAUUGUGAGAGGCAAAUGCCAAUCCGUAAUAAAUUCUGUUUGUCUUUUCAGAAGGAGGUCCCAAGCCAGAAGUGGUAACAGUCAGCACAGCCAUAUCUGUCACUGUGCACAACAAAACAGCCAUUGCCGCAGGUAGGACACACUCUGUAUGUUGUAUGUGAAGAAUAUAGGAUGGUUGCCUUUGAAACAGAUUUACUGUAGGUUGAUGAUAUAUGAUAUUGAUAUGUGACUACUGUGCCUGGAUGACCUCAUCUCCCUUUCAAGGUGGGGUACGUUUCUGGAAAAUGUAUCGUUACAAAUACUUCACCAUGCAAAACUGUUUCUUAAACAUACUCUAAAAGACCACAAAUGUUCCUUCUUCUAUUGGUAUGCUCAUUUGAAUGGAAUUGGAUUACCUUUAAUUUCAAGGUACAGUGAGGGAAAAAAGUAUUCGAUCCCCUGCUGAUUUUGAACGUGUGCCCACUGACAAAUAAAUGAUCAGUCUAUAAUUUGAAUGGUAGGUGUAUUUUAACAGAGAGAGGCAGAAUAACAACAACAACAAAAUACAGAAAAACGCAUGUCAAAAAAGUUAUAAAUUGGUUUGCAUGUCAAUGAAUGAAAUAAGUAUUUGACGCCUUCGACUUAGUACUUGGUGGCAAAACCCUUGUUGGCAAUCAAAGAGGUCAAACGUUUCUUGUAGUUGGCCACCAAGUUUGCACACAUCCCAGGAGGGAUUUAGUCCCAUUGCUCUUUGCAGAUCCUCUCCAAGUCAUUAGGUUUUGAGGCUGACAUUUGGCAAUUUGAACCUUCAGCUCCCUCCUCAGAUUUUCUGUUGGAUUAAGGUCUGAAGACUGGUUAGGCCACUCCAUGACCUUAAUGUGCUUCUUCUUAAGCCACUCCUUUUUUUGCCUUGGCUGUGUGUUUAGUAUCAUUAUCAUGCUGGAAUGCCCAUCCACAACCCAUUUUCAAUUCUCUGGCUGAGGGAAGGAGGUUCUUACCCAAGAUUCGAUGGUACAUGCCCGUCCAUUGUCCCUUUGAUUCGGUGCAGUUGUCCUGUCCCCUUAGCAGAAUAACACCCCCAAAGCAUGAUGUUUCCACCUCCAUGUUUGACGGUGGAGAUGGUGUUCUUGGGGUUAUAGGCAGCAAUUCUCCUCCUCCAAACACGGUGAGUUGAGUUGAUGCCAAAGAGCUCAGUUUUGGUCUCAUCUGACCACAACACUUUCACCCAGUUCUCCUCUGAAUCAUUCAGAUGCUCAUUGGCAAACUUCAGACGGGCCUGUACAUGUGCUUUCUUGAGCAGGGGGACCUUGCGGGUGCUGCAGGAUUUCAGUCCUUCACAGUGUAGUGUGUUACCAAUUGUUUUCUUGGUGACUAUGGUCCCAGCUGAGACCUCCGGUGUAGUUCUGGGCUGAUUUCUCACCGUUCACAUGAUCAUUGAAACUCCACGAGGUGAGAUUUUGCAUGAAGCACCAGACCGAGGGAAACUGGCCAUUAUUUUUUGUUUCUUCCAAUUGCGAAUAAUAGCACCAACUGUUGCCACCUUCUCACCAAGCUGCUUGGCUAUGGUCUUGUAGCCCAUUCCAGCCUUAUGUAGGUCUACAAUCUUGCCCCUGACAUCCUUGGACAGCUCUUUGGUCUUGGCCAUGGUGGAUAGUUGGAAUCUGAUUGAUUGCUUCUGUGGACAAGUGUCCUUUAUAUAGGUAACAAGCUGAGAUUAGGAGCACUCCCUUUAACAGAGUGCUUCCAAUCUCAGUUCGUUACCUGUAUAAAAGACACCUGGGAGCCAGAAAUCUUGCUGAUUGAUAGAGGUUCAAAUACUUAUUUCACUCAUUGACAUGCAAAUUAAUUUAUAACUUUUUUGACAUGUGUUUUUCUGGAUUUUUUUGUUUCGUUAUUCAGUCUCUCGCUGUUUAAAUACACCUGCCAUUAAAAUUAUAGACUGAUCAUUUCUUUGUCAGUGGACAAACGUUCAAAGUCAGCAGGGAAUUACAUUCUUUUUUACCAUCACUGUAUUCUUCAUGAAAGGGAACAAGAAAGGCUGCUGAAGGUUGACUGAUUCUAUCACGUCUGCCUUGGAUCUGCACACAAUUAUAUAUUGGCCAAAAUCAGCAGGGGAUCAAAUACUUUUUUCCCUCACUGUAGAUAGUGGCCUUUAAGGACCAGAUUGAAGAUCAUCAUCGUGCAAGGUAGCAUUACAUUUAAAUGUGUUACUCUUACACACUUUGAAAAAGCUCAUUUUGGCAAAUUAAACUGUCUUAAGUGUUCAUGUACAAGUGUUCAUCAGGGUCUAGCAUUUACCAGUACAAGUUAGCCAGUAGGAUGUACUCUGAAUAGGGCUAACAUUAUCUGUCCUACUGCUAUACCUUUGUGUGUAUAAAACCAUCAACUGCAAAACAAGUUGAAAUAAUAUUUCUGCCUAUCUACAUAUACUACUGGUGUAGAUUUCACUUUUGUGUAAACCUAGUGUUUUUUGUAAACUGUUAAAAUGAAUAUAGCCAAUGAAAACCUACACAUGUGAUUACCACAUCAUUGGCUGCCAACGAGUAUUUGGACCAUUAUAAAAAAAAUGUUCCUCUGUACAGAAGAUGGAGACACUUUUACUGAGAAUAACACAAUCUAUGCAUAUUAUGUGUGGAAAUGAUUACAGUAUUACCUCAGAUUUUAUAGUAAUGGUGUGUGGAAGUUUUUCCAUCCUAUUAUGACUUUGAAAGACAAAGUUAUAGGCACAAGAGGUAUAAAUAGCGCAAGGUUUACCAGGAUUGUUAAAUCAUCUCUGUGCCCCAUAAGGUAGGUGUACAGCUUUACGCGGGCUUCACGUCACCAAUGUGGCCAUAAGAAUGCUAUUGACAUUUGGGUUGAGUUAUGUAAACAAUGACAUAAGAAUGAUUUGACCGAUUAAUUUAUAAGUUAAGCUGCAUCAUUAAUUAUGCAUGAACAAUGCGAAUCCCAAGGCAUGAGUUACAUAAAAAAUGGCACAGGGUUGACACUCUUCAUGAACAUUUGAGUGUAGCGUCAAUAAUGAGAUUAGAAUGACCCAACCCCAGAGCAGUGUUAAUGCCAUUAAAAUGUGGUGUAAAAAAUGAGACCAUGUUGAAGAGAACUGGCUCCAGCAUGCAUGAUAGUACCACCCACAUGGCAGGAAGCUACUGGCUUAUGUGGAAAAUGGCAAUGAAAAUGCGAGCCAGACUGGGUGCAGUGUCCUCAGUGUCUGAAACCUAUGACCACUCUUGGCUGUAGCCUUUCCAAUAAUACAUUGUACCUCAUAUUCCUCCUGCUUCUCUACACUCACUGAAGUAGGCGUAGAUAUACACACAAGAGGUCGGAAGACAGCAACAAUUGGCAAAACUCUUCUGGGAUAUGGCCGUUCUAUUCAGGAUGUCCUGUACUUACUUCCAUAUAGACUGUACAUUGGCCUUAUCUGAGAAUAUCCUGGGAAGGGCACUGGGCUAAAAUCAGUAGGCAACAAUGAAAACUAUACCCAUAGACCCAUGAGGUCAGUGAAGUAAGCCAGUCCAAUCAUCCUGAUGCAGAGAUGAGAAACAGCACAAGUAUUGUUGCUGAACUGGUUGGCACACUCUGCAGCUCCAUUAGUCUAAAGAUGGUCGGUGUAAGAUAAGGAAAGGUUAAUACCAAUCUCAGAGAAGAACUCCCACAAAAACAGGAAGCAAACUGGGUGCCCCAAUAAGAUCAAAUUUCCUUAAAUAUUGGGUCUAAACACCUCUUUGGCAAAGAUGCCAGCCAGUUGUUCUGAGGAUGGUAGUUUCUUAACAGGUAAAAAUUGGGCCAUUUUGUAGAAACUGUCAACAAUCACAAGGAUGACUGAGUUGCCUUCAGUUUGAGGCAAGGUUGGCAAUAAAAUGAAUGGUCAAUAACUUGGAGGGUACAGAUAAUGACAACAGUAAGACAUAUGGUAUUUGUGUAGAAGACUUAGACUGCACACAAACCUGACAGGCUUCAACAAUAUCAGUAACAUCCUUUCAUAAGGAUGGUUACCAAUAAGUCAAUAUAGCUUUAUAGGUUUUGUUAAUACUAGAUGGCCUGCUGUUUCGGAGCAAUGGUAUAAGAACAACACCUCUAGCUCAUCGUUAUCUGGAACAAAUAAUUUAUCAGGGGAACUUUCAGAUGGAGCUUGGUCUUUAUAAGAUUUAAUUAUCUCUAGUAAGUCUAAAGAUCAAGUGGUACAUGUGACUGCAGUUAUUUGUUCUGAGGGAUAAUAGGAACGACCUCUGUCUGUUCUACAUCAAGAGACUCAAGUUGUCUAGAUAAGGCAUUAGCUUUUGUGUUACAGUUAAUGUUUGGUAAUUGCGAUGUAGGACAGAUUUUUGCAAUCCGUGACACACAGACAAGUUAUUUGAGAAGAAACAACAAGGAUAAAGGUGCUGAUCAUGUGCUGCUCUUUGAGACAAAACUGCACCCCCUUCAGAUUCAGAUUCACCAACAGAUUUGAAGGGAUCUGGAUGGACUAAGAUUUCUGCAAUAGAGAAGGCGGAUUUAAGCUUCUUGAAUGCAGCAAGUGCUUCAGGUGUCCAUUUAUGUGGAUUAACACCUUUCUUAGCAAUGAUAGUGGAGAAGUUUUUGCGAGGUUGCUGCAAAGGCCAUGAAACAACAGCAUCCAGUUUAGAGGGAUCCUCUUAG